AUGACUUGUGGGGUAGAGCCAAUGUUUGGCUCACGACGGAUGGUGGAGAUGUGGCUUUGGGUCCUGCCACUCGUCCUAGUGUGCCUGCCUUCUGCCUGCCUUCAGCCUGCAAAUAUUCUGGAGUCUGUCCACUGCUCUCAGGUAGGUACAAACCUUCUGAAAAAUUGGGGUUGGGGAGGAAAGGUCAGGGAACGGAGUAUCCAGAAGAAGGGCACGGCUGGCUGGCUGGCAUCAUUGACAGGGCCAUGCCACACACCACACGAUGUGCUUGGAAGUUCAACUUAUUCUAAAUGAGCUAUCGUGGUUGUUCAAAUGGGGGAAGUGGUUUCGUUUGUGGCACAGGCUGUAUUCCCAGAGAAGGCAUGCGUGUCCAAACCUCUUCGAAGAAAGGGUCUUGAGUAAGACUACACUCACAGGCGGUUUACUUCCACCUCUCUCAUACCACUCAACUGUCCUGAUCUAAGCGGGACAUCCUGGAAUUCUAGAAGCCAUUCCCUGCUUCUGACUGGAUCCUGGAACAUCCCAAUUUUUUUGGUCCCAGCGCUCUGGCUUUUGGCUCUCGUGCGCUGGCACAAAUCAGCUGGUUCCCUCGAAAGCAAAAUAACGAGAGUCCCAAUUUGGAGUGUUUUUCAUAGCUGUCAACUUUCCCCUUUUUUAAAGGGAAAUUCCCUUAUUCUGAAUAGGGUUCCUCGCAAGAAAAGGGAAAAGUUGACAGCUAUGGCAUUUUUCCACCUCAGGUCCCAAGCCAAACUGCCAUGCUUCCCGCCGCUGCCACCCUCUACAGUGGUACCUCGGGUUAAGAACUUAAUUUGUUCUGGAGGUCCGUUCUUAACCUGAAACUGUUCUUAACCUGAAGCACCACUUUAGCUAAUGGGGCCUCCUGCUGCCGCUGCGCCACUGAAGCAUGAUUUCUGUUCUUAUCCUGAAGCAAAGUUCUUAACCUGAAGCACUAUUUCUGGGUUAGCAGAGUCUGUAACCUGAAGCGUAUGUAACCUGAAGCGUAUGUAACCUGAGGUACCACUGUAUAGUUCUCUCAGCUGUAACGAAAUCGCACGACCUUUUUUAAAUGGGGGGGGAGGGGUUCUUAAAAAAACAUGCCUGGUUUCAAAUUUAAGCUGGGGUUGUGUACACACCAUACAUUUAUAGCACACACCACAAGAAUCCUGGGAACUGUAGUUUGUUAAGGAUGCCUGGAAUUGUGAGCAGUCAGCUACAGCUCCCAGGAUUCUGUGUAUGCAGUCCCUGUUAAUAUCGAGCUCUUUGCACCCUGAACAUCCUGGGUGGGCCUUGGGAAGAGGGGCAAGUCUCUCCAUCUCCCCUGCACUGCCUUUGACCCUUUCAGCCCUGAGGUUCCUCUCCCCUGCCCAUCAUGGCCUCUCUACCUAAUUUUGGUGACUGCUAUGUAGAAGGGAAGGAGCACUGUGGUUGCUAGGAGAGACUGAGGAGGAACUACCUGGUACUGUGACAAGGCCUCUUAGGUUGCUGUUUACUCAGCAAUUGCCACAGCCCGGCGGCUGAGGCUUCCUCGAGCUUGUGGCCAUGGAGACAGCAUGGCAGGAACAAAAGGUUUCGGCACCUGUGUACCGAGGCUAUGGCACUGCAGUGCUUCCCCCUCCUUUCCUGGCUCUGCUUCUGUGCCCUUUAACAGCAGGCCUGGCAUCGCAAGAACUAAGUAGGCCGCUCUUUUGCUGCCAAUUUCACCUGCCAUGAAAAGUGUCACCUGCUCAGGUGACUGCAGUUGUCAAGGCUCAGGAAACAAGGCCGCAAGCCUUUGUACCAAGCCAAGAUGGCGACGUCCCUCACCAGGACAUUGCAAAAGUUGAAAAGUCCACCACACAGAUACUGCCACUUAGUAGUAGUACUGUUGCUCUCCCUGAGUGAGAGACAGGGGAAAGUGUUUGCAACCACUUUCGGUUGUUUCCGGCUGAGGUGGUUCGAUCUGUCUUUUUUUGUCUGUGUUCUGCCACUGUGAGUCGAGCGGAGUUAAUUGCACGUUCUUUUGUAAUUCAAGAAAAUCUUUAGUAAAAAAUUAUAUCGAAACAAGGGGAUUAACGUGUCAAGGACAGUGGGAGGAGAAUAAUGGGGCUGCCAUCCCUGUGAUGGCAUAUCCCUCAACUGUCCUUAUAAAAACGGGACAUCCCAUUUUGGGAGACCUCACGUGAGAGCACGGAGCCAAAACAUGUGAGAUAUUGCGGCCCGGAAGAUGUGUGACCCAGUUUUUGGCCAGGACAUGUUGGGGGGGGUAUGAUGGGGGCGGGGAGAGCAAAGGUCUACUGAGGUAACGAAUAGGGCUAAUUAAAUCAAAGCCCUUGCCCCUUCUGCUUUGCCCCACUGUAGCUCAGAAUAUGGGGUGCCAGUCAGCCAACCUGGUCUGAUGGUGUUUCUCCUAAAUUCCUUCUAGAACAGCUCAAGGAGGUGAGGGUUGAGGGCAAUGAACUUCAGUGGUUCUGCUCCAACCUCUAGAGCCAUUUCCAGAAAGUAGCUAUGGGGUUGUUACUGUUCGACACUAUGGCAGCUUUCCCAUGGUGUUGCGCAGAGUCCCACCUUGUACCACACACUGUUUAAUCUCCUAUAUGAAGCUACUGGGAGCGGUCUUCGAGAGUGUCAGAAUAUUUGGGUGGCACCCAGCUUUAUCUCUGUGUUCCAUCUGAAAUAGGAGACACGGCUGAUAUGCUAGACAGAUGUUUGGAAAUAGCAAUGGUCUGGAUGUGAGCCAACAAACUGAAACCGAGGUAUUAUGUGUCCCCAAGUUCUUGGUCCAAGAGUUGGAGAACAGCGUUGCACUCCUCUGGAAAGAGGAGGUCCAUAGCUUGGGAGCUCACUCCUGGAUCCCACAUUGUCACUUGAGGCCUAGCUGGUUUCAGUGGUUAGGAGAGCCUGUUUUCAGCUCCAGCUGUUUUGCUAGCAAUUACCUGUUUUGGACAGCGAUGUCUCGGACACAGUACUCCAUGCUCUCUGGUAACUUCCAGAUUGGGAACUUCAACUGGUCCAAAAUGCAGCAGCCAAAUGACUGGCUGGGCUUGCCUUUAGAACUCAGUUCACCCUUCUUCCAAAACAGCCCAAUUCAAGGUGUUUGUGCUAGUGUUUAAAGUCCUAAAUUACUUAGACCCCCCCCCAAAAAAUAACUGAGAGACCGCCUCCUUCCUUACAGACCCUUCCUGAUGUUAAAAUCAGCAGAGGGGGCUGGUAGUUUCACCUCCUUCAAACAUUUGGGUAGUGGUGGCCAGGGAGAGGGCAUUGUGUGUGGCAGCCCCUAAGUUAUGAAAUUCCCUCUUUACCCUGGCCUUUGACACCUGAGGGGUCUCGGUGUUUCGAUUUCUGGGAAUGGAGUUGAGAGAUGACCUAACCUGGGGAGAAAACAGUAAAGACCUGAUGAAGAGAGCACAGCAGAGGUUAUCUUUUCUGAGAAUCCUCCGGAAAAAUAAUCUCUCAAAGGACCUGUUGAUGGCAUUUUACCACUGUACUGUUGAGAGUGUAUUAACUUAUGGCCUGUGUGUGCGGUUUGGGAGCUGCACGCUCAGGGAAAAAACAAUGCUGUCCAGGGUUGUAAAGACUGCGGAGAGAAUAAUUGGGUGCACUCUCCCACUUUGGAUCAAAUCUAUGCUUCCAGGUGUCAUAAGAAAGCUGCAGAGAUAGUGCAGGAUAAUGCGCACCCUGGAAAUUAUCUCUUUCAGCGUCUGCCUUCUGGAAGAAGGUACAGGGUUAUAAAGACUAGGACUAGCCACCUGAGGAACAGUUUUUAUCCAAAUGCAGUUUUGGUUUUAAACGCAGUGUAAGGUAGUCUCUGUGGGAGUAUAUUGUAUUUAAUUAUGGGGUACAGAGUUUUUAGGGGGUUAACCAGGCUGGGAUAGCUGGGAUAGCAGGCUGGUUGGUUGAAUGACUGAUGUAGAUUUUUCAAUUUCGUUGUUGUGUAUGGGACAAUGACAAUAAAGAUUAUCGUAUCAUAUCGCAUCGUAUCGUAUGUGUGUAUUCAGGGCCCACCAUAUUCCUGCUGCUGUAAUCUGUUUUGGACUGUUUCUAAUGCUGCGUUUUGUGUUGCUGCCCUGGGACCUGCUGGUGAAGGAUGUGUAAUAAUAAUAAUAAUAAUAAUAAUAAUAAUAAUGCUUUCGCUGUGGGUAAAACCUCAGUGCCUAGGACUUGCCGAUCGUAUGGUCGGCGGUUCGAAUCCCCGCGGCGGGGUGAGCUCCCAUCUUUCGGUCCCAGCUCCUGCCCACCUAGCAGUUCGAAAGCACCCUUAAGUGCAAGUAGAUAAAUAGGUACCGCUUUAUAGCGGGAAGGUAAACGGCGUUUCCGUGUGCUGCGUUGGUGCUGGCUCGCCAGCUGCAGCUUCGUCACGCUGGCCACGUGACCCGGAAGUUUCUUCGGACGGCGCCGGCUCCCGGCCUCUUGAGCGAGAUGAGCGUGCAACCCUAGAGUCGGACACAACUGGCCCGUACGGGCAGGGGUACCUUUACCUUUACCUAUAUUGUUGUUGGCAUCUGUCUGUCUUGAGAGACAAUGGAGCGUACCCCCGGGAACUCUAUUUCUACAUACAGUUAUUUAGAUGACUCAGGUGGGGGUUUGCUCCUUCCUUCUCCUUCCUCUGUUGCCACUGCCACUAUCAAAAGUUAGAUCGUAUGUUUCAUGGGGGCAGCAACCUGUUAUGUUUUUUCCAUUGGAAUCAUACAUGGAUAUAGAUAUUGUUGGGUGCACCCCAUUUUCUUAUCGAUGAAGUUCUUUAGGGAGGCCUACGUCUAUCCAGAGUUCAGGUUUUUUGGUCAAUGGAGACUCUGGUGUCUUUACGAAACGUGGUUUUCUUUACGCAUAUAUACAACCUGAACAUAGCGCGGAGAGGCUCGUAGCAUUAACAUUUCAGCAGACCUUGCCUCCUCAUUAGGUUCCCAGGGAGAUCUCCGAACCAUAGCUUUGGGUUCAGCACAGAGCAAAACAGGCCUCCCUGCCUCCUGCUUCUAGCAUCAGCCAAAACUCACACACCAAAACUAGGUGUGUGGUGAUGUUGCAGGUAGCCUGGUGACGCUGGUAGGGAACGGCCUAUAUCCUUUCCUGGAAGUAACUUCAGUUGUCACUAUGGCAACGUAUUUAUUCUUAGCUAACUCUUUAAGAUGUUGGUGAGUCUGGCCAAAGUCAUUACCUUAACAAAGGAGCUGGUUGGACCAGUUUACCAGUUCUCCUUUUGUAGAUUCUAACCUCACAGAUACAGAAUCACAGGUUUGGAAGAGAUCCACAGAUAUCAUCACCCAGACUGAUUUCCCUGCAAACCUAUAAUAAUAUAGUCCUAAACCAGAUGUGCAGGUGGAAGGGAGAUUCCUGGUUGACUUCUCAGAGCAAAAGAUAUAGCAGAAUACCCAGAGUAGCUUACAGUAAGGGAAAAGCAGAACAGUACUGUUUAAAACAGUCAGUACAAACAGGUGAGUUGUAGUCCAACAAUUCCUAGAGGGCUACAGGUUCCCCACCUUAUUAAGCCAAUAUGUCCUGCGUUGGGAACAGCUUUCAUAGACCCAAGAAAUUGGUCCUCACAAUGAAAUAACAGUUGGAAGGCAUGUUGUUUUAGACUCAGCCUGGCAGGGUGUGUUGUAGGGUGGGAGAAAAGGAGCUCAACUUGCGAUAGUCUCUUUACUAGCUCUUGAAACUGUCCCUUUUGUGUCCUUCUAUAGGGUCUUGGCUGCCAGCUAUUGGGUAAGUGUUCGUACCAAAAAAUUUAAUAAUUUUCAUCCCUGUUCUUUAUCUUGAUAAAUCUAUGAGCUUAUCAACACCUACCUUUUGCCCAGACACAGAUCCAUACGUGAAGGCUCUGUGUCGGAGCAAUUUUUAAAUCUUUAGUGCUAAAUCGCUUAGAGAACUUAGGUUUUCUGAGGAUUGCCGUAUGCUCCGAUUGUGCUUUAAAGAGCGGGUUUUCGUGGGGAAAUCUCCAGAGGGGGAAAAAAAGUGUGCUCAGACAUGUAGCUUUAAAGCACGGAUGAUCUUGCCUGGAAAGAGUGGAGGAAAGGUAAGCAUGACUAAAUCCAAGUGUGAAGACUGCCAUUGACUUGACUUGUCCUAAAGCCCGAUGCGUGGGAUUCUUUUGCUACAGGGUUUGUUUGUUUAAAAGCAUUCUUGUCAUCAUUUGGCCACAAUUCACGUUGCACGACCCAAAACGUGCCAAAUAUUUCUACUGCAGUGUUCCUGGGAAAGAGGGGAGAGUUUCGGGUGGGGAUGGACGUCACCCAAGAAAACCAGCUUUAGACUGCCUUAGUCUUGUGACCCCUGGAUUCAACACAAGCUUCUUCUCAUCUACAAAAGCUUCAGACUAUGUUCUAGGGAUGGAAGGCUCUGUGAAUUUUGGUUCAGGGCUCUUUUGACGGUAGUGAGUGUUCCUUCGAAAUGCUAUGUUUGGAGGUGCUAGCACACAUUCUGCUGAAUAGUACCCUUCUUUCACUGGGUAAUUCUUUCUUUCUUUCUUUCUUUCUUUCUUUCUUUCUUUCUUUCUUUCUUUCUUUCUUUCGCCUACUUUCAGAAAAGGGUGUGCUGUGCAUCCCUGGGCAUGCCCUGCCAGCCCCAGGGCAAGACCCAGUCCUGGUGCUGACCCAGAUGGAGACGAGGAACGGACUUCGGUGUCGGAAGCAGCGAGACUGCAUCCCCUGUGUGCAGGUGAUCCUACGCCUUGGCCUGCUGGGUGAGAAAGAUGGCUCAGGGCUCUGUACCUGAAUGUUGACCCUGGCCUGUUGCUGUUGCUGCAGUUGGCCUUGUACCUUGGCUUUCAGUCCUAGCUGGCCUAUGCCCCCUCUGCCACUUCAGGGCAGGCUUGUUCGUCUAGUGAUAGCAGGUCGUGAUUCUCACGUUAGGUUUGAGAGGUCGUAGAGUUCAGUUCCUAGACAUGCCCCACGAGGGACCAAACCGUACAGAAGGGAGAAAGGCCAGAAUUCAACAGGAGGACAUGUACUCUGAAAGUCCCAGGCUCUGUCAUAAGAACAUAAAAAAGAGCCCGCUGGAUCAGGCCCAAGGCCCAUCUAGACCAGCGUCCUGUUCUCACAGUGGCCAGCCAGAUGCCUGCUGGGAAAGCAGCAAGCAGGAUUUGAACACGAGACCUCUCUCCUCUCCUGUGGCUUCCAGCAACUGGUAUUCAUAAUAAUAAUAAUAAUAGUAAUAAUAAUUUAUUAUUUGUACCCUGCUCAUCUGGCUGGGUUUCCCUAGUCACUCUGGGUGGCUUCCAACAAAGAUUAAAAAUAUAUUAAAAUGUAACACAUUAAAAGCUUCCCUAAACAGGGCUGCCUUCAGAUGUCUUCUAAAUGUCUGGUAGUUGUUUUCCUCUUUGACAUCUGAAGGAAGGGUGUUCCACAGGGUGGGCGCCACUGCCGAGAAGGCCCUCUGCCUGGUUCCCUGUAGCUUUGCUUCUCACAGUGAGGGAACCACCAGAAGGCCCUCAGCGCUGACCUCAGUGUCUGGGUAGAACGAUGGGGGUGGAGACACUCCUUCAGGUAUACUGGGCCGAGGCUGUUUAGCGCUUUAAAGGUCAACACCAACACUUUGAAUUGUGCUUGGAAACAUAUUCAGAAGCGUUGCUGUCUCCAUCUGUGGAUGUAGAUAGAGCCCAGCCAUCAAAUUUCCUCCGUGAAUUUAUCCAAUCCUCUCAUUAAAAAAAAAAAAGUUUUCAAUUAAAUAUUUUUUCUUGUGUUACAAAACAGACAAAUAAGUGGAGAAAAGUACAAUUGGUGGACAAUUGCUGCACUGCACUGUGCUGAGCUGCGUUAUUAUUAUUGUUAUUAUUUGGGGUACACAGUCAUUUUAUUUCCUUGUAGAAUCACCUGCCUUGGGUUCAAAACAAUACGAGGGAGCUGACAGGACCAGCCCAGAGCGCAGAAGACAUCAUGGCAACACUGAAGGUGAGCCAGAAAGGAGACUUUGUCUACAGCAGUCUCUGUUGUUGUUGUUGUUGUUGUUGUUUGUCUACAGCAGUCUCUGUUGUUGUUGUUGUUGUUGUUGUUAUUUUGAAAUAUUGCGCAGUUAUACAGAAGUCAAAGAGGAGGAACAAGAAAGUUGGUAUCGAUGUUAACAAUAGCAAUUGCUGCACAGAGAAUAACCACCUUGGAUAGUUCAGUUGGCUAGAGCGUGGUGCUGAUAAUGCCAAGGUCGCAGGUUCGAGCCCCAUAAACAGUGCCUUUUUUUCCCUUAAAAAAAUGUUUAGGGGUAUUCGCCUUUUCCUACUCAUAUUGAAAUACUGCCCCUCAGUGAGGCCAGGCUUAGAUUCACAAAACGUUUAGGGGUCUGCGUACCCCUGUGUCCCCCCAGAAUAAAGACGGCUGCAUAUUCCUGCAUUGCAGGGGGUUGGACUGGAUGAUCCUCAGGGUCCCUUCCAGCUCUUGUGAGUCUAUGAGCCUAAUUAAUUCGCGAUGGCAUAUUAUAGGAAUGUGAGGAAUGACUCAAACAGCCUCGUGAAGUAUAUUGAUGGCCGCACCAGUCCUCCAGUUCAAGAGUCCAUAUCUGCAUUUAUUUCCAUUCCUCUUCUGACACCCUGCACUCCCUCCCUUCCUCUUUUCCCAGGAUUCCUGCAGGCGCACGUGCUGCUCUCAGCUGAGACAUACGCUUCCUCCCACUGCGCCAGUAUGAAGGUUUUGCUCCCCCUUGGUGGUGACUGGCACAACAGAAGUGAUUUGGUAAGUGAUUUGGGCCCAUUGAAUGUCCAUUGGUGAAAUCCAAAAUUUGUAAGCAUGGAGAACAAGUGGGUGGAUCCACACCGUAUGUUUCAAAGCACUCAAAAUCCUGGGAACUGUAGUUUGUGAAGGGUGUUGGGAGUUGUAGCUCUGUGAGGGGAAAACUACCAUUACCAAUAAUUUUUUUGGGGGGGUGGGGAGGGAAUCAAGCUCCUUAAAAUGUGUGUUGGAUGUGCUUUAAAAGUAUGGUUUACAAUGGAGUUUACUGUGUAUGUGAAUGGGCCUCCUUUUUUGAGGCGCUGUCUGUCUGACGGAGCCUUCAAUCAGUGCCCAUCUCAUUUCUUUUUAGCAGUGAAUUCAGAUUUCCUGUAUCCUGGGAUAAUCUGAAAAUUAGAAUUAACCCUACUCCAAACUGCUGUUAAUCUGUUACUGGAUCCAUUGCUGCCGUUCUUUUCCUUGGGGGCAUGUCUGAAUGUUCUCUUCUCCCACUCAGUUUUGCAUGCUCCCAGCAUCCAUUGUCGCUUCUCAUUUGUUUUCUGGUACCCAUACUUCUAUGGGACGUGGGUGGCACUGUGGGUUAAACCACAGAGCCUAGGACUUGCCGAUCAGAAGGUCGGCGGUUUGAAUCCCCGGGACGGGGUGAGCUCCCGUUGCUCGGUCCCUGCUCCUGUCAACCUAGCAGUUCGAAAGCAUGUCAAAGUGCAAGUAGAUAAAUAGGUACCGCUCCGGUGGGAAGGUAAACGGCAUUUCUGUGCGCUGCUCUGGUUCGCCAGAAGCAGCUUUGUCAUGCUGGCCACAUGACCCGGAAGCUGUAUGCUGGCUCCCUCGGCCAGUAAAGCAAGAUGAGCGCUGCAACCCCAGAGUGGGUCAUGACUGGACCUAAUGGUCAGGGGUCCCUUUACCUUUACCUACCCAUACUUCUGGCAUGUGGUGAAAACAUAAAUACCGUUUCAAACUUUAUUCUUGUACCCUCUGGUUUGCGCACACACAGAAUUUCAUACGACUGAGUUUCAAGCAAGUGUCUGGGAAGGUGACUUAAAAAUAAAUAAAUCAUAGGACUGUGGAGUUGGAAGGGACCCUGAAAGUCAUCUAAUCCGACCCCUGCAAUGCAGGGAUCCUUGCUAAACAAUCUUACUCACCCUCCUUCACUUUUUAAGCCUCAGAUGUGUGCAGUGAAGGUCAACUAAGCAAGCAAACGACAUGAGAUGUAGACUCAAGCCGACCUAUAAUCAGAUCUCUGCUUCAGUGCUUAUCUGAAGGAAGAAAUUUAAAACAAGACCCAUGCACCUAAAUAAAUAGGUACCUGCACAUACUCACUGGGGGGUUGGUCAGUGAAACAGAAGAAUCUUUUAUUUUAAAAAAGGGAAAAAAUGUGCAGGUAAACAGAAAGCUGUGCAUGUGGCCCUUUUCUACUGCCAUGGUUCGGCGAGUGGAAUGAACAAGUCAGUGAGUGUGAAAAACAGACACAGGGUUAAAAAAAACACCUACUUGUAUGCCAGGACAAGAAACAAUGGAUUGGGUCAAAUCCAAAUAUGCACAUGUGGAAACUACUGAGAUUGCUUUCGAACCGCAGGAAUCUGGAUUAGCAGUGAGGUAGGGCUCCGUGAUGAACCAGCCCAUAAAGAAACUGGUGUUUGUCUAGUGAAAUAGAUGAGAAGGAGGGAGGGAUUGAGGGAAGAAUGCAGGAUCUGUUUUGCUCCCUGGCACUUGACUUGCAGAGCCGGUUUUGGCUGCAGACGGGCAGAGAACCCUAAUCUACCACUAAAUCAGUCUGACCACAAGUUCAGUUCCUCCACUUUGCCCUACCCGUAUGCAGAGAUGGGUAUUCCAUAAAGUGUAUAAAUGGAAAUCCUUGCCCCCCACUUCAUAAUAGGUUCUGCAUUAUUACUGCAUUUUCAUCCCUCCUUUCCUUCAAGGAGGCAUAUGUAGUUCUCUUCUUUUUAUCCUAAUACGAACCCCAGGAGAAAAAGUGGAAAGAGUCUAACAGAUCCAAGGUCAGCUUGUGAGCUUCAUGGUGCCGUGGAAAUUUGAACCUGGAUCUCCUUGGCCUUAGUUUGAAACCCUAACCAUUAUUCCACGCUAACUCCAUCUGCUAGUUUUCAGUAGCUAUGCAGAGCACUGGGGCAACUCACGCAUGGCAAACCUGCUGCGAAUCAUCCUCACACACCAUACAUUUAAAGAAUGUGACGGCCCCCAGAGAAUCCUGGGAAAUAUAGUUUGCUAAGGGUGCUGGGAAUUGUAGUUCUGUGAAGUGCAAACUGCAAUUCCUGUGUUUCUUUUUUUUUUCAGGAGGGGGGAUGCUCUUUCAAUGUGGAAUUGCCCACACUCCAGAAAGCAGCUUAUCUUUGACGGCUAGAUGCUUGCCUUUUGAUAAAGGAGAACUGGGUUCCUUGACAAUGCUAAAUUCUGCAGAGUGUGGUUGCAAAAAUGGCAAGAUAUAUUAAGCCCCACUGAUAUACAAACGUAUUUUAGAUGCCGUUUUAGCUGACCUUAAUUGGUGGGCCAUAGAGCUGCAAUUUCUGCCGAUAAUAAUAAUAAUAAUAAUAAUAAAUUUAUACCCCGCCCAUCCAGCUGGGUUUCCCCAGCCACUCUGGGCGGCUCCCAACGGAUUAAAAACAGAAUAAAACAUCAAACAUUAAAAACUUCCCUAAACAGGGCUGCCUUCAGAUGUCUUCUAAAAGUCAGAUAGUUGUUUAUUUCCUUGACAUCUGACGGAAAGGCGUUCCACAGGACGGGCGCCACCACCGAGAAGGCCCUCUGCCUGGUUCCCUGUAACCUCACAUCUCGCAGUGAGGGAACCUCCAGAAGCCCCUUGGAGCCUUCUGUGGCUAACUGGCAGCCUGCAUGCCCUCCAAACAAUUUCAAGAGCCCCUCCACGUCAAAAGAUCAUCGCCAAUAUGGUGUCUGGAGCAGCAGCAUACACAAAACGUUUAAUGAUCCACAGCCACAGAGCUUCUCUCCCUCUGAGCUCUGCGCUAAGCUGCUCUAUCCAGCCUCUCUUGCACUGUCAGGGCGCUAAGCAACCAGUGUUUGGGGAGACCAUUGAAGCAGUAGCCCCAGAUAAGCAGCAGGACUGCAGGCAGGUCCAACCUCCCACCCUAGUGGUGAUGGUGGGAGGUAACACUUUGAGGAGGACGUGGUGGUUCCCAAAGACAUCCCUUGCCUUUCCCAGUGGGAAAGGUGAAGUGCGACAGAUGGCAGCCCCAUUGGGUCCCUCUGUGUGUGUGUGUUCCUGUCUGUGGGCGUGAUAGUGUGUGAGAGAGAAAGAAAGAGAGGGGGGGUGUGCUCCUUUCACCUUUGACACUCCUGCCCCCUUCCUUCCCAGGGCUCUCUCCAGUUUGACUGCUUCCCGGUGGCUCUCAGCGGGGAGUUGCAUAUCACGGCAUUCACUCAUCCCCACUAUCAGUUUGCACAACUCUUGCGGAAGACCCACUCUGGGCCAGGUGAGUGCCUUUCAGGCCUGCUCCAGAAGUGAGCAGCUGAGGAAAUGGAGGAGAGCAACCAACCAACCUCCAGGCCUUCCUUCUGUGUUUUCUUCCCACAGACUGCACCUGGCACAGAGCAAAAGAUGCCAUCCGCCUCUGCCAAGGUAUGUAGCAAUGCCACCGACUUCUUAUCAGUGCCGCUGCCCUGACGCAGGUACCAGUCAGAGCCACCCUGCGGCUCGUUUGAUAGGGAUCUGAGCUUCGUUGAAAACAUUCCCACGGCGGCAACCUUUCCUAAGGCUAAAACCGCCUCUUUUCUGGGUCGAAACCAAAGGUCCAACAAGGACAGGGGUGAGGAACAUUCCAGCCCUCAGGACAAAUUUGGCCCAACCUGAGUCACAGUUAGGCCCGGAGUCCACUUCCUGCAAACGGUGCCAGUCUGCUCCAAAUCUGACAUCCUUUGUCACAUCGGGAGCAGGUCGGCUAUACAACCAGGUUCCCUGUGCAGUCCAUCUCUGCAUAUAGCAGGUGUAUACCUGAAGGAGCGUCUCCACCCCCAUUGUUCAGCCCGGACACUGAAAUCCAGCGCCGAGGGCCUUCUGGCGGUUCUCUCAUUGCAAGAAGGGAGGUUACAUGGAACCAGGCAGAGGGCCUUCUUUGUAGUGGCACCCGCCCUGUGGAACGCCCUCCCUUCAGAUGUGAAGGAAAUAAGCAGCUAUCUUAUCUCUAAAAGACAUCUGAAGGCAGCCCUGUUUAGGGACGUUUUUAAUAUUUAAUGCUGUAUUGUUUUAACACUCGGUUGGGAGCCGCUCAGAGUGGCUGGGGAAACUCAUAAUAAAUUAUUGUUGUUGUUGUUGUUGUUAUUUUAAAGCCAGGUGAGUUCAAGCUUAUCAACUGCGCAAAUGAGUUUCCCGUGGGGAACUUGACCACACUUCCAAUCCCUGUAAGAACCAGGUUUACCAGCCCAAUGCUGGAAAAGCCCCGGUUGGUUCCUAGGCAACCAACAACCAGCUUGGGAGGCACUUUCCCAGGGACGUUGGCAGGUGAUUGGGAUAACUCACCUGUCCAUCGUCUGAUGUCAUAGGGGCAUCAGGUGAUGGACAGGAGGGUUGUCCCAGCCACCUUGUUGUAUCCAAGUAAAUUCUACUCGCAGUUGGAGCUAACCUAGUCACAUCCAUUAAUUUCAUUGCUUCUACUCUGAGUAAAAGUGGAACAACACCUUGAAUAAGGUCCAAAGUUUGUGUAGUGCAGCUUUCUGGUUUUCUGCAUAUUAAGGACUCUUGUCCUAACCCUGAUAUGUUAACCUUCAUACAGGCAAAGCAGUACCACGUAAUUCAAAUUUUAUUAGUCAGGGGAAAGAUGACUGUGCAAGAGUGGAAUUUGGUGCGUAUCCAGUCUGGGCUCUGGCAUCCUGCUUUCAGAGAACCCCAGCUUUCAUUCUUAAAUAGCACAUUCAUAUUACUCACAAUUGCAGACUCUGUGACAUAAGAGUCCACACAGAGAGAAGUUUGAAAAUGCCAUUCUGUGUUUGAUGAAUACUUGGAAACGAAUGUCCGUUUUGUAAAAUGUGUCCUGUUUGCGUAAUUUGGGAGUAACCUGCAUGGAGCAGGUGAACUCUGUGAACUGGGACAGAGGUGCUUACAGGCACAGUUCCAGUGACUAAAGAAACGAUGGAGACGCAUCUGAUAUCUGUAAAAUUUGUAACAGGGGAAGACGCUGAUCCAGUUUGUGACCGCUGUGAAAAAGGCAAAUCAUUCUUAUUAUUGUUUAUUGAAUUUAUAUACUGCCCUUUACCCGGAGGUUUCAGUGUUGAUCACAGAAUAAAAUCAAAAUAUAAAACCACAAAAUACAUAAUCAAAAUAAAAACAACAACCCAAUAACCCCCCUCCCCCCAAAAAAACCUCCCACCACAUUUAAAAAGGGCCUAGAAUGUCAAUCAAAUCAACCGCAGGCCUGGUUUAAAAGGAACAUUUUUGCCUGGCGGCUAAAGGUGUAUAAUGAAGGCGCCAGGCGAACUUCCCUGGGGAGAGCAUUCCACAGAUGGGGAGCCACUGCAGAGAAGGCCCCUUCUUGUGUUGCAAUCCUCUGGACCUCUUGAGGCACACGAAGAAGGGUCUCGGAAGAUGAUCUCAGGGUCCGGGUAGGUUCAUAUAGAAAGAGGCAGUCCCUGAGGUACGGUGGUACCUCAGGUUACAAACACCUCAGGUUACAAACACUUCAGGUUAUAGACUCUGCUAAGCCGGAAGUAGUACCUCGGGUUAAGAACUUUACCUCAAGAUGAAAACAGAAAUCGCGUGCCGGCGGCACGGUGGCAGCGGGAGGCCCCAUUAGCUAAAGUGGUACCUCAGGUUAAGAACGGUUUCAGGUUAAGAAUGGACCUCUGGAAGGAAUUAAGUUCGUAAGCAGAGGUACCACUGUAUUGUGGUCCUGAGCCGUUUGAGGCUUUAUAGGUCAAAACCAGCACUUUGAACUGGGCCCAGAAACUAAUUGGUAACCAGUGCAGUUGGACCAGAAUCGGUGUAAUAUGCUCAAACCGGCUUGCUCCUGGUGAGCAACUUGCCAUUGAAUUCUGCACUAGCUGAAGUUUCUGAACCAUCUUCAGAGGCAGCCCUGCGUAUAACGCAUUGCAGUUAUCUAACCUUGGGGUUAUCAGAGCAUAGACAACAGUAGUUAGGCUAUCCCUGUCAUGAAGCUCCACCACUGGGCGUAGCUGGGCCGAAGCUGAUGGAAGGCACUCCAGGCCACUGAGGCCACCUGAGCCUUGAGCGACAGCAAAGGAUCCAGGAGUAUCCCCAAGCUACAAACCUUCUCCUUCAGAGGAAGUGCAACAAGAACAGGCAACCUCCCAGCCAUCUGGUCUAGGGAACCACCCACUAACAGUGCCUCUGUCUUAUCUGGAUUGAGCUUCAGUCUGUUGGUUCUCAUCCAGUUCAUUACUGAGGCAAGACACUGGUCUAGCACUUCCGCUGCUGAGUGUCAUCAACGCGAGGGAUCAUUAGGAAAGGAAUGAAAUAAAACUGCUGCUAUCAUAAUGCCAUUAUACAAAUCUGUGGUGCAACCACAGUUGUACAGUGUAUACUUUUCUGGUCAUCUCACAUCAAGAAGGAUAUUGCAAUUGGAAAAGGUCCACCAAAAUUAUUAUUAUUAUUAUUAUUAUUAUUAUUAUUAUUAUUAUCCAUUUCAAAAAUCUCAGAAUGGUUUGCAAUACAUUGACACAUUAAAUAAAACAACCCAGAAUAAAACAUUACUGAAUGAAUUUAAUAUAUAUAUUCAAAGCAACAUAAUUAAACUAAAAUAUUAUCUUAAAGAUUUCAAAAUAAAAUGUUACGAAGGAGUUCAAGUACAGAAUGCACAUUUAACGCAGAAAUGUUAAUGAAAAGAAAUCUUAAACAUUUCCAAAUAAAACAUGACUAAAGGAAGUCAAAUAUAACAUGUGCAUUUAAAACAGCGCAAUUAACAAGAGAACAAGAUAUUAUCACAAGCAUAUCAGCUGCUGUUGCUGCCAGUCCUCGUUAUUAAAUACUGUAUACCACGAAAAAAGGACACCAAGAACUCAGGCCAAUGUAAGUUUCAAUAGUGGGAGUGGUCCCUACUCACAAUUCAAUACUCAAUAGUAACAAAAACUAAUCCAUUCAAAAGUAUGUAUUCUAAUGAAGAUUACAAACUCAAAUAGAGAUUACAAACUCAAACUCAAAGAGAUAUGUAUAACACAAUAAUUCGUUACAAAGAUUUUCUCCUUUUCACUCGACAGUAAUGUUGAUCCUUAUAAUUUAUCAGCUUGCAGAUGGAGACUCAGUUUCAAUCAUAGAGCAGAAGUCAAAUUAUGGAUUGGAAACCAGGACAGGACCCUGUUUCGAUGUAUUCACCUUCAUCAGCUACCGUAGAUUCCGGCGUAUAAGGCGACUUUUUAACCCCGGAAAAGAGCCCGCCCCCCGCUGCGGCGGCUUUCUCCCAGCGCGGAGCUGCCCAGUGUAUUAGGCGACUGGGCUAAUAAGAUGAACCCUCAAAUUGCACCUGCUAAUUUGGGGGGUCGUCUAAUACGCCCAGUCGCCUAAUACGCCGGAAUCUAUGGUAAUUUUUAAGUUUGAAGUUUGUAAGUUUGAAGACUUUCGGAUAAAUAUAUGCACAGAAAAGCUCAAGAUACAUGUUGAUCUACCCGCACGUAGUUGUUAUCCUAGAGAAACGUAGAAAAUGGAUAACAACUACGUGUAAUCUCUGUUAGAGUUUGUAAUCUCUAUUUGAGCUUGUAAUCUUUAUUAGAAUACAUACUUUUGAAUGGAUUAGUUUUUGUUACUAUUGACUAUUGAGUUGGCCUGAGUGCUUGGUGUUCUUUUUUCUUAUAGAAUCAUAGAAUCAUAGAGUUGGAAGAGACCACAAGGGCCAUCGAGUCCAACCCCCUGCCAAGCAGGAAACACCACCAGAGCACUCCUGACAUAUGGUUGUCAAGCCUCUGCUUAAAGACCUCCAAAGAAGGAGACUCCACCACACUCCUUGGCAGCAAAUUCCACUGUCGAACAGCUCUUACUGUCAGGAAGUUCUUCCUAAUGUUUAGGUGGAAUCUUCUUUCUUGGUUGCUGCCAAUCCUGCCAAUGGUGAUUUAUGGUGGGUGGCAGCUGUGGACGCUCAGAUUCGAUCUCCUGGGUCCGCACUAAGAGCCAGCCAAGAUGAAGGAGAUGAAGCGACUCAUCCCGGGGGGGAAAGGUUACAGAAUUUGGGACUUCUUAGUUUAGAGAAAACUAAACUUCACUGGGCGUCCACAAUUUCUAGUGUUCUGCGAGAGGGAUUAAAAAACAAAUAAAGCUCUAUCUGCUUUCUCCAUGCCACGAAUAAUUUUAUAAACUUGUAUCAUGUCGCCACUUAACUUGCUGUUUUCUCUAAACUGUGAAUUUAUGUAGCGUAUUCAUGGCUGCCUCCUCUCUCCUGCAGUGCUCAGACUGGAGGUCUCCAUGAAGUUAGACAAGGCAGUGCUGCAUGUGUUGGACAUCCCUGAGGGUCAGCACUUUUCCAUGUGGCUGUAUCUGAAUCAGACGAAUGCAUUCAAAGAGCUGGGCGAGGACGCACCUAAAUUGCUGGUGAGCAGAAGAAGACUCCGCCGAGAAGCUGAGCUGAAUGCUCCUCCUCCUCCUCGUCAUAAGAACCCCCAGAAAAGCAGGAGAAGAGAUGGGGGGUGGGAUUCUGUCUGGGAAGCCCUUGAGGGAACAAGUGCCUUGGCCUGAUGUUCCUUCCCCCUGUUUCAAUUCCUUCCCCCUGUUUCAAACCCAAAAGGAGAUGUGCAGUCAGUCAUUGUUGUUGCUGUUGUUUAGUCGUUUAGUCGUGUCCGACUCUUCGUGACCCCAUGGACCAGAGCACGCCAGGCACUCCUGUCCUCCACUGCCUCCCGCAGUUUGGUCAAACUCAUGCUGGUAGCUUCGAGAACACUGUCUAACCAUCUCGUCCUCUGUCGUCCCCUUCUCCUUGUGCCCUCCAUCUUUCCCAACAUCAGGGUCUUUUCCAGGGAGUCUUCUCUUCUCAUGAGGUGGCCAAAGUAUCGGAGCCUCAGCUUCAGGAUCUGUCCUUCCAGUGAGCACUCAGGGCUGAUUUCCUUAAGAAUGGAUAGGUUUGAUCUUCUUGCAGUCCAUGGGACUCUCAAGAGUCUCCUCCAGCACCAUAAUUCAAAAGCAUCAAUUCUUCGGCGAUCAGCCUUCUUUAUGGUCCAGCUCUCACUUCCAUACAUCACUACUGGGAAAACCAUAGCUUUCACUAUACGGACCUUUGUUGGCAAGGUGAUGGCUCUACUUUUUAAGAUGCUGUCAGUCAUACAUUUCAGUCAUAUGCAGUCAGCCAUACAUUUCACUAAUUUUCUUAUCCUAAUGAUGUUGUUAUAAGAAAAAAACUGUUCCUUUCCCAUUUUGUGGUAUCCAAGAGUCCUUAAGUGAGUUAUUGGUAGGAGAAAAUAACAGAAGCCAACCAGAGAAAAUUGAGGCGCAAAGCAGCCUGUCUCCACUCACCACAUGCAGGAGGGAGGAGAGAACCCUGAACGAUGGUGCGCAAGCCCUUAUAUAGACUUUUGAAACUGCCCGCCCUGUAGCCCAAGACCACCCCCGCAAAACAUCAUACAUACAUCACAGAAGGAGGUGGUCUGUUGCAGAAAUCCUGUCUGCCAGGAUCUGAUAAUGGUCAUUGAUUGCAUUACCUGGGCAGUCUGGCCAUUUCUUUUGUGAUGGUUAAUACUUUAAUUCCUCCUUGCAGGGAAAUAUUUGAGGUCAAAAUGGUUUGGGAGAGUCAAAAUGGCUUCAGGAUUGCUCUUCUGUACUAUUUCAGACACGUGGUUUAUAUACCUAUGUAUGUGUUUGCCUUGUACAUUUAUGAACGUUUAUUUUAUAUUUGGGACCUUAGAAUUCUUAUAACAGUGUCUAGGGGCAGGAAGAAUCUGAGACCAGGCAAGCUUUUUCUCGCUAAGCUGCUCUCACUCACGUCACUUCCCUGUUUUGUAUUUAGACUGGAAACGAGAAUGUGAGCUUGCCUGUCGACCAGGUGUUACCCUGUCUCUGCGUGGAGGUAAGGAUUUUUACACACACCACAAAGUUUCCCCCCUCGCUAUACACCUGAUGCACGUUUAACUUUAAAUAAGUGUAUGCCUUCCCCCAGAGAAUCCUGGGAAUGGUAGUUUACCCUAGCAGAGCCACAACACCCAGCAUUCCUAGCUUAACUACAGUUCCCAGGAUUCUUUGCAGGAAGCCAGGUGCUCUCAGCAUGCAUUAAAUGUGCGAUGCAGUUGCAGUGUUCUAAGCCAUACCCUUCCUCACAUUAUGACAACAGUGGGAAACUUGUGGUCCUCCAGGUAUUGUUGAACUACAGCUCCCAUCACCCCUGAUCCUUGACCAUGCUUUCUGGGGCUGAUGGGAGAGCCACCACCUUGUCACCUGCGACAAGUUUGAUUUGACUAUGGCCCAGCUGCUAAUGUCCUAAAAUAGUGGGUUAAGGUUUAAGUCUGACUAGAACCCUGAUUUUUUUUAACAGAAUUUUAAUCCCAGUUUUCAUACAUGAAUCAUUUCACAUAGCAAUUUAUCGGAGUAAGUCCUGGGUCUUACUGGGUCGUUUGACCCAGUACUGAUCCCUGUGCCACCACGGUGAUUGCUUCCCCACUGCCACCAACCCAUUUCUCUCGGGCACACACAGAGUCCAGACAGUUGUUAACAUUAAACCAAAUAAACAAGUUUCUUUUAUAAGCAUUAACAAGUUUAUGGUUUCAGAUAAUUUUUCUUGUCAGUUUCUUUAUCUUACGUAGUUUCAUUACCGGCCUAUACCUUCCUAAUAACUUCUAACAGAUUAUCCCAACUGUCUAUCUGACUCCUCUUAACAGAUUCUCUCACUCUCUCACAUCAAAGUAUCCCAACCCACAGACUUAUCCUCCCUCUCUCUUCUGUAACACCCGACUGACUCCUUAACAACACCAGCUCUAACUCUAACUCCUCCCCUUGGGUUCCCACUUGCCAAUCACUUCACACUCACUUAACCCUUUCCUUAUGACCCAGCAUGAUGUCACCUAGGAGGGCAAGCGCCACAGUCCUUAUACUUUUUUUUUUGCAAUUUCUUCAUGAGUAAGAGCAUUUUUGGAAUACCUCAAACCUGGUGAUGCAAGUCCCUAAAUGGUGCUCUGGUUUGAGCCGUGGUUAUUUCCAGGACUUAAGGGCUGGUUUACAAGUUACAGUCUUACCUUGGUUGUCAAACGGAAUCUGUUCCAGAAGUCCGUUUGACUUCCCAAAAACAUUUGAAAACCAAGCUGCAUAUUGGGAAGUUCUGUCGGAGGACUAAAGUCUGGGAGGAGAAAUUGAGAAAUAGAGCUGUUUUUAUAUUGUGGGUGAAACUCCUCAGAGGGACUUAAGAACGACAGUUCUGUAAUUAAUGAUGGAAAGAGCGAUGUUAUCUAUGAAGGCGAUGAUAUAUGGAAACCAUCUCGAUUUGAGGAUUGGAAGAACGGAAAAAUUCACACAGGAUUAUUAUUGGUUUUUUUUAGCUUAAGGAGACUAUCAGAAGAGAUCAUAAAGAAAAAGAGAAAAUAUAUGAACAAGAUGUGAUGUGGAAACAGCAAGAUAAGACUGGAUAGAAUUAUGAACUCUGUUUGGACUGAUUUGGACUGAUUUGGACAUUAAAGCAGUAGCAAGAAGAUGAUCAGAAUCCCCCUUCGGAUCUUGAAAUAUGGGUCCCCUCAACAACAAAAUUUAAAAUUCGGCUUUGUAAUUUGGAAUUUAUGUGAUGUGAUUUAAUUUGAUUUGAUUGGCCGGUUAAUAAAAAUUAUUUAAUAAAAAAAAAGAAAACCAAGCUGCAGCUUCCGAUUGGCUGCAGGACCUUCCUGUACUCAAUCGGAAGCUGUAGAAGCCGCGUCAGAUGUUUGGCUUCCAAAAAAAGUUUGCAAACCAGAACACUCGCUUCCCGAUUUGCGGCAUUCGAAAACCAAGGUACGACUGUACUUUCACCCAGAUGACCUUGAGAAGAAGCGUAAUGGCUGAGGACACCAUGUGGUAAGCUGCAUGUGCACAGCCAUUCACCAGGUGAUUUCUCUCUCUCUCUCUCUCCCCCCCCCCCCAUUACACACACAACUGCACAUCUUCCUUGCAUUUGGCCUCUUAUUCUAUUGGGUAUUGUGUUCAUAGGUCUGGCCCAAUGUCGGAAGCCAAGAAGAUUCGCCCCGAACUCACCUGUGCCCCUUUUCAAGCGGUAUGCGUUUUUUUAAAAAAUCCAGUCCACAUCGGACCCAGAAUUUCAAAAAGUGAAAAUGUUAGCAUUAACAUGGGGUGUGUUAUUCUGGGCCGGUCAUACCAUUAGGCAGAAGGGAACAUCUACCUCAGGCGGCAGGAAGCCACUGAAGUGCAGGGAGUCUCAAGGUGGUGUUGAAGGUCUCGUGUGUGUGUGUCUCAGGUAGACUUCUUUCUGUCGCCUGCCCUAGGCCAACCUGUUACUAUCAGGUGUGGUGAGGGAUGCUGGCCAAAGCAGGAUUUAGCAGGCAUCUUUUUGUACCAAGUGUGGGGAGAAGGGUGUGUGUAUUUGACAUCUUCACCUCAAGCAGCAAACUGUCCUAGGCCAUCCCUGAACAUGUUGACAGAGGAGGACUUGCCAUAGUUAUGUGUACUUUGGGAGGGAGAGCGGAGAGCGUGCAUGUGUUGGAAUAGUGUAUGAAGGACAUUCUUGCCUGUUAUUACAAAGACUUGACUUUCUGUUCCAGAUGCUGAGGCCUUGUCCAGGGCCUGGAAACAGAGCCGUCUGGAACUUAAAGUCUUUGAGGGGACGCUGACCUGCUCUCUCUCUGCACCGUGCGACCUCCCAGGGGAGCUGGUUCCCUGCUGGAGGAGGGCACCCCAUGCCUCUUGCCACCCACUGCACCCCCAGCUGCACCUGGCCCUCACCCCACAAGUGAGUAGAGCAAGGAGCAAGUGGGGCGGGGAAAGGAGAUGUGGGCGAGAUGGCAAGUGUGGAUUGUGUGGAGUCCAGUAAGUCUCCAGACCCUCCAACAUUCUCCCAAUGAAAAUAGGGACAUCCUAUUCAAUAAUAAUAAUAAUAAUAAUAAUAAUAAUAAUAAUAAUACCCACCAAUCUGACUGGGUUGCCCCAGACACUCUGGGCAGCUUCCAACAUAUUUAAAAACACAAUAAAACAUAAAACAUUUUAAAAAAUACUUCCCUAUACAGGGCUGCUUGCAGAUGUCUUCUAAAAGCUGGAUAGUAACUUAUCUGCGUGGCUCUCAGGGGUCCAUACACUCCGAUGAAAAUACAGUGGUACCUCGGGUUAAGAACUUAAUUUGUUCUGGAGGUCCGUUCUUAACCUGAAACUGUUCUUAACCUGAGGUACCACUUUAGCUAAUGGGGCCUCCCGCUGCCGUUGUGCUGCUGCCGUGCUAUUUCUGUUCUCAUCCUGAAGCAAAGUUAUUAACCCGAGGUACUAUUUCUGGGUUAGCGGAGUCUGUAACCUGAAGCGUCUGUAACCUGAGGUACCACUGUAGGGACAUCCGAGAUGAGCGCCGCAACCCCAGAGUCGUCCAUGACUGGACCUAACGGUCAGGGGUCCCUUUACCUUUACCUUUUUAAGGCCUUUACCCUUACCUUUAAGGCAAAGCAGGACUUUCCGGGAUCAAAUCAGAAACCAGGAUGGCUUCUGUAAAACCCUGGAAAAUAAGGGGACACUUGGAGGAUCUAUGAUUCAGGCUGCUUAUGUGAUGUAGACACGAUCAAUUAAAUAUCCGGCACAUGGCCCCUUUAAGUGAAAAGGUGGUCGUGACCCAGGAGGCCAGUUGUUGGAGAACUAACUCGGAGGUAUGGCCUGGAUGGGAAGGUUGGAGUUACUACUUUGUGCAGGCUCCAGGACCUCAGAAAGAAAGAAGAGUGUUUGAUUUCCAAUUAACUUGGCUUGCAGUGAGUUCCUAGUGAGAAGUCUUGUCACUUGCAGAGGACUUUCGAGGUCAGGCUGAGGACCACAUCAGCCCCAGAGCUGCAGAUCGCCCACCUGCGUUCUGUGGAAAUGUGGACAUUAUGGGACAUCUACGUGUUACAGCUGGGAUGGGGGAGCCUGGCGCCCUCCAGUUGUCCUGGGACAACCCUCCGACUAUUGGCCCUGCCGGUUGGGGCUGAUGGGAGUUGGAGUCCAACAACAUUUAUAGGGCCCCUGGUUCCUCAUUCCUGUGGUGUGCUGGGAUAAGAAGCAGCCCUUCAAACCAAGAGCAUCUGACAGCAGGUCUAAAGCGUGAGGGGUUUGAGGCAUUUGCACCAGGAGUUCCCUUCUGAUGGGUAGUGGCUGGGUUGGUGGUGAAGACAUGGGCAGGGAUGGGUGUGCAAGUGAGCUGUGAGUUUUGUGACUGUAACAAACUCUUCCCAAACCUCUUAGGUGCCGCAGGAGUUCCCAGGACUGACACCCCACCCCAACCUCUGUGUGCAGGUAGGACCCACAUAAUUAACAAUCCACGUAAUUACAAUCCAUUCAAGAACAAUGACUAAGCCUCUGUUGUCCAGCUUCCUGAGGUCCUGCAUAAUGUUGGCCUGUUGUCUUAAGGCAUUUUGAAAGUCAGAAUUGGGCUCCCCGCCUCACUGUUCUUAUCUGGAGCUCAUUUUUUAUAGUGACUUGCAGAGAAAGAGACCAAAGAGAAUUUCCUUACUAGAGUGAUUCCUUCAUGUGGCAAAGGUGUAGUGGUCAUGGGGGGGUAGGGGGGGCAGAAGGCAGGGAGACCAAUAGGAGGUGAUGCCAAAGAGCCAAUGACAGGCAGAGUCACCUGCUUCUAGUUUUGCCCCCAAUCCCCUCCCUGCUUGGGUCUACAAGGACAGAACUGAACCGAGGAGGAGGAGGAGGAAGCUGCCAGCCCCCUGGACUAUUUCUAAGCAGGCAAGUCUGCAGAUCAGGGGGCUGAAGGGGGCAGAUUGAGUUUGAUGGGGCAGUGUCCUGUUCACUCUGAUUGCCAACCUCUGCUGUAAAGGUGGCCUGAUCUCUCCACCUCCUGUCUUCAAUUUCCUUAUCGCAAAAUGUCCAGUCAGGGUAUGGGGGGGGGCGCGGGAAGGGUUUGCUGCGCUGCUCCCCGACCUGGACGCACAGAACGCACCUUGUUUUAGAGGGGGAGAACAAGGGGGGGGGAAAUCUCCCCCUCUUUGCACAGCGCCCCUUCAGUGAAGCGGGAGGAGAAAUGGAAGGGGCUCCGUUUCUCCUGCCGAUUCGCUGAAGGGGCGCUGAGCAGAGAGGGGGAGAAUUUUUUUUUCUUGUUAUCCCCUCUAAAACAAGGUGCGUCCUAUGGUCCGGUGCAUCCUAUAGAGCGAAAAAUAUGGUAAGCCCACGUGCCAAUGUCUUUCAAAUCUGCCUUAGCCUUCCAUUUCUGGCUAGGUGCCUCCAGGAAAAACUCAAGGGCAUGACAGGACCUCCUACUGACCCAUGCUUUCCCUUUGUGCAGGUCAGGAGCAACGGGAACACCUACCUCCAAAGCUGCCUGCAGGAAGGUGAGUGCCACAGUGGUCUCUGAGCGCCAGACUAGACUAGACUAGAGGUAUUUAACAUACCUCUGAAUGGCAGUGGCUGGGAAUGGCAGCCUUCUUGUGCUCAUGUCCAGUUUGCAGGCUUCUCACAAGCAUCUAGUCGGCCACAGGAUACUGGACUAGAUGGGCCUUGGGCCUGAUCCAGCAGGCUCUUCUUAUAUUCUCCCUCCCCCAUAAUUUUGAUUAAUUUUCACACAGUUUUCAUUCAGUUCUAUUUCAAUACAAUAUUCCCUUAACGUUUUGACUUCGCGUCCUUACUUCCAUGACGUUUCCACUCAAAUCCUUUAUCAGCUGCCUUAAAUGUAAUACUUAUUUCUAUGACCUAUAUCCUACAUUAACAUUCCUUUUAUCAUUCCCAUUCCUCUGCUUAUACAGUGGACACUCGGGUUGCGAACGUGAUCCGUGCGGGAAGCACGUUCGCAACCCGCAGUGCCGCAUCUGCGCACGCGCGGGUUGCGAUUCGGCGUUUCUGCGCAUGCACAACGUGCGAUUUAGCACUUCUGCGCAUGUGCUGAAACCCAGAAGUAACCUGUUCUGGUACUUCCAGGUUCGGCACGGUGUGCAACCCGAAAUCGCGCAACCUGAAGCGUCUGUAACCCGAGGUAUGACUGUAUUUCAAGUCCUGCCUGUGAUUUCCAUUUGACUAUCAGAGCUCUUCUCGUAUAUUCCCAAGAACGGAGAUGAGAUCCGUGGACUGAUCCUGCGGCCAAGCUUUUCAUUGAAUCUUUCUUUUCUCUUCCCCUAGAUACCGCAGAAAGCCCUUGGCAAACCAAGCAACAUUUGCUGCUUCGGAAGACUGAGCAUUCCCAAGGGAGCUCUUCUACACAUGUCUUUGAGGAGGGUACCUGGGUCCCCAUCGCUCAAGCUGCCAGCACAGUAAGUCCUGGACUGCCACUCUUUUUUCCCUCCUGCUAUGGUUCAGAUGCUGUUCUAUAGGGUGGAGGUGGGGGGGUAGCUGUACGGCACUCACUGCAUUUUCUUUUCCCUGUUCUCCACAGGGAAAUGGGAAUCUGGAGGUCGCCCUGGAGAGGGACUUGCAGUCAGGAGAGUGCACGAAGGUGAGAGUGGGGACGAGUGUCAGGAAGAGGGAGCGCAUGCCUUUAGGAAUUGCCACAUGUUGGAUGGUGUUGAGCUUGUUAGAAUUCCUGCUCCGUUAUUGCAGUUAUGGGAUUUUUGUCUAUCACAUGAUGGUGUAUAUUUUGACUCUCACAAAAUACUGAGAGUCUGGAGGUUCUUUGUAAUUAGUUUUGCAAUUUUCUUCUCCCGUGAUGGAGUCACUGGAAACAUUGUUCUGCCAAAAUGCUGAGUUGCUGAGGUCUGUCAUGCAAGCUGCGAAGACUCUGCGGAUCCCUAAGUGUGCCGAUGUCUGUUGGCAUCGGUCGCUGUGAUGUUCGGGCUGAAGAAAGCUUUUGAAGCUCCCGAACAAUCGACUAGGAUGGAGAGAACAUGCCAGUUGGGCAUGUGUCUCUGCCCGGGUCCUACUCGAGUGUAGGACGAGCUCCUGAGAAAGCUGACUCCUCCAGAAGACCUAUUGAAUGAGCACACAUCAUGAUUUGCUUGCACAGAGACUGUCUUGGAUGCUUUAGCUGAGAUUCCUGUGUGGCAGGGGUUGGACUAGAUCACCCUUGGGCUCCUUUCCAACUGUACAGUUCUAUGAUUCUUUGACCCUUUGGACCAGUGGUUCUUUUUGUGAGUAUGUUCUGCAACAUGUCAUGGACUCCAUCCUAGUGCAUUCAUGAUGGAUUUAUAGUGCACCUUCCACAGAGCAUUGGCUGGUGCUUCUUUCCCAGUGUUAUCACAUUACUGCCACCAGGAGGGUUGCUCUUGCACUAGGUAAAGGUAAAGGUACCCCUGACCAUUAGGUCCAGUCGCGGACAACUCUGGGGUUGCGGCACUCAUCUCACUUUAUUGGCCGAGGGAGCUGGCGUACAGCUUCCGGGUCAUGUGGCCAGCAGCGCACGGAAACGCCGUUUACCUUCCCGCCAGAGCGGUACCUAUUUAUCUACUUGCACUUUGACGUGCUUUCAAACUGCUAUGUGGGCAGGAGCUGGGAGCGAACUACGGGAGCUCACCCCAUCGUGGGGAUUCGAACCGCUGACCUUCUGAUCGGCAAGCCCUAGGCUCUGUGGUUUAGACCACAGCGCCACCCGUGUCACUGUGUAACUCUUGCACUAGAGUGUAGCAAAAAUGGGACAUACCCAUGUCAGACAUUUGUGGUAUAAAAAGUUACAGCAGAAAAUCACGGGAUGCGCACUGAUUGGAAACUGUAUGCCUCCCCUGUAACUUCUGCAGGCUCAAAAGAGUGUUGAAAGCAGGAUUGCACAUAAACCACCAUGAAUGCAUAAUAAUCAGGAUGCCUGGAGGGAUCCUCUGUCUGGUCUUGAUUAAGCAUUUGUUCAUAUUUGUCUUGGGGCGGUCUUAUGACAGCGAGCAUUCGUUCGGAUUGACACGUCUUCCCACGAGUCAUUCGUUCACCCCCCACUUUUCAGUGCAUCUCCACAUUACUUUUCAAACAACAAAAACCCGGUUGUUUUUCAAGUGGAUUCGCAGCACAAGAGAGGCAGAGUUCUUUAAUCCACCUUUAAUUGUGCAAACUGAAAUUUCCCAGCGUGUGCUUGAAGCCCUCUCAUAGAAUGCUGAGAGUCUGGAGGCUCUUUGCAAUUAGUUUUGCAAUUUUCUUCUCCCGCGAUGGAGUCACUGGAAACAUUGUUCUGCUACUCUUGUUAGUCAUUGGCUAAUUGCUCCAUCUGUAUCAUUCUUUAUAAAAGCACCUUGUUCCUUUUAGGUAUUUUAAUGCAUACUUUGGCACUCUUUAGAAACGUUUGGUUUGUGAGGUUAUCUUAAACACACACUGGUUUAAUGGUUGAUCAUAUGACAAAGGCUUUGGGGCGUGUACACAGCUUGGGACAUGGCUGUAGGUGUGCAGAAACCUGUUUACCAUCUUAUCAGGGACAGAGAUUCCCUGGCCUUAAACUGGUGCAGUAGCCGCCGAAUCCUAUGCCCACUUUAUUCAGUACAACAGUGGGGAAUUGCACUGCUCCAAAAACCACCACCCCACCAUAGAGGUGUGCUCUUAGCAGAGAGGCAGCCUUGCAUUGAGCAGCCUCUUGCUAAGAAAGGGGAACUCUGAAGGCAUGGAACAAUUUGGCUGGCGGUCAACUCAAUCCACACCUUCAAGAGCUUCCAGGCAGAAGGGCUGUCCAUUGCUGUGCAGCCUCGCUGAGAAAGGAGAGCUUUGGAAGGCAGAGAUUGGGCUAGCCCUGUUAGAAUUCCUGCUCCGUGAUUGCAGUCAUGGGAUUGUAGUCUAUCACAUGACGGUAUAUGUUUUGACUCCACAAAGUGGGAAGUGACGGAGACAGGAUGUUUGUGUUACUGUGUUCCGUGAAGUGGGACUGUUGUCCUUUGUGCUUUCUCUUUGCUGUCUGAUGCUAGAGAGAGAGGGAGCCAUGUUGCAGUGCUCCGUGUAUGUUUAUAUGUAAAUAAAGUAGAUUAGCCGAAAUGCUGAGUUGCUGAGGUCUGUCACGCAGGCUGCGAAGACUCUGCGGAUCCCUAAGUGUGCCAGUGUUGGUUGGCAUCGGUCGCUGUGAUGUUCGGGCUGAAGAAAUUUUGAAGCUCCCGAACGAUCGACUAGGAGGGAGGGAACAUGCCAGUUGGACAUGUGUCUCUGCCAGGGUCCUACUCAAGUGUAGGACUACAACUUCCAUGAUCCCUAGCUAACAGGACCAGUGGUCAAGGAUGAUGGGAACUGUAGUCCCAAAACAUCUGGAGGGCCGAGUUUGCCUUUGCCUGGGCUAGCUCCUGCCAACCGACCCAGUCUGUGCCUUUAAAAUCCUCAGUUGGGGAGGCUUUUACACUCUGGGCAUCUUCCCAGCCCGAGAAGAGGGAGGUUUGAAGGCCACAUACCCCACUCCCACAAGCCAAAGUUUAUUUGCUGGUCCCAACAUAUAUCAUCUAUUCCAAUACAUCCCUUGUGGAGGCUGUAUCUCCUAAACAGACACAUGGAGAAAGAGGAAGCAAAAAUAUUUCUUGCUAACUAUUCAUGGCUGCCAAUGGCAGUGGCACGGAAUGACGUUUUUCUUAGGAGAACGAGGCCAGAGGCACCAGCUUGCAAGGGUGAUUGUGAGUGUCACACUUCCCUCCCUACACCAGGCAGAAGCUGCCCGGGCUUUGGGAAGGAGGCACAGGAUACUGGAGCCCUGCUUCAUCCUUCCAAAGAUGGGAGGGCUUUGGGGAAGUGGUGGGAGGGCUCUUGGAGCCUUUAUGGGACUUAGCCUGGUCCCCCUACUCCACUGACCACAUGCUGCUGGCUGGUGGUUGAAGCAUUGGGACUCAGCCAUUGGACGCAAUCUGAGGUGAGCCAGGAGCUGUGCAAGGAAGUCACAACUGAAGGACUAGCAGGAUCAAGAUGCAAGCCAGAAGUCAGGACUAAAGGGUUACAGGAACACGCCAGAAGAUCCAGUUGGUCAAGGAAGGCUUAUCUGGAACAGGAAGCCCUCUUAUGCUGCUUCCUGUUGAGGGGAUCCAAUCGUCAUCCUGGGUGUGGUCAACCCUGGGCUUGAAGAUAAGCAGCUGCCCACUCAGAGGCUGUGAUGUGUAGUUUGCUGGUUCAUUGUACAGGUAUCUUUGUACUCCAAAGCUCCCAGUUCAAGGGCAUCCUAAGGAUUAUGAUGGAUGGCUGUCCUAGGCAUCUUGGUGAAUUGCAUUUGAUGUACAGUCGUAACUUGAAAGUCAAACGGAAUCCCUUCCGGAAGUCCAUUUGACUUCCAAAACAUUCAGAAACCAACACGUGGCUUCUGAUUGGCUGCAGGAAGCUCCUGCAGCCAAUUGGAAGCCAUGGAAGCUCUGUCAGACAUUCGGCUUCCGGGUUUCGAUUUUUCAGGAACCGAUUUGUUUGGGAGCCAAAUUGUUUGAGACCCAAGGUACGGCUGUAUUUAAUUUAUAACCAGUGCUAGAACAAUCCCCUUAGAGAUGCAACCUCCUCCUUUGGGCAUUGUUCAGUAAAAGGUUGGGAGCUCCUGUAGUGUGGUAGCCAAUAGAUUUCCUCGCCUAAUAACAGGCUCAGUAAGUGGCCUUGAGCUAGUCGCAACUCGUUUGCAGCAAUGGUGCAAUUAUAAUGCAGUGCCUUGCAGAGGUUGCUGUAAGCAUUGCUGAUGUGUGAAGUGCUUUAAAUGCUCCAGACCUGGGGUGGCUAACCUGUGGCCCUCUGGCUGGACUACAACUCCCAUCAACCCCAGCCAACAUGGUCCAGGAUGAUGGGAGUUGUAGUUCAGCAACAUCUGGAAGGCCACAUGCAUAACUUCCGCACCAAGCAAGGAAGACACACUCUCAAUAAACAGAGGUUGUUAUAUAUAACCUUCCCGCAAACAAGACAGAGCUUCCGCUCAAUUAAGAGCGGAUGUUGUAUAUUACCUCCAAGACUUCGUGCAAACAAAUCGGGGUGAAUGCUUAAUAAACAUUCAUUUCCAGAAGUGGAAGUGGCCUAAGAUAGUUGCCAGGCUAGCUGUGCGACUCUGUGUUCCCAGGCAAACAAGACCAUGAGCCAGCUGUUCUUUUAUCAUUGUUUACAGGUAUGGCGUUCAGAGGACGGUGAGAACCAUGAGCUCUGGGCCUGUUCACUGGAGAAGUGUGAGUGCACCUGUGUCUGGGGCAACAGGGAUGCCUCCUUGGAGGAGAGGUGAUCUUGAAUUCCUCCAAGGGCAACUGGGGAAUAGAGGUUGCACAGGGAUUUAUUUACUUAUUUAUUUAUUUAGACCAUUUCUAUACCACUUCAUAUCUAAAAAUCAGUUUUAAUGGGGUAAGGUAAAGGUAAAGGGACCCCUGACCAUCAGGUCCAGUCGUGGCUGACUCUGGGGUUGCGGCGCUCAUCUCGCUUUUUUGGCCGAGGGAGCUGGCGUACAGCUUCCGGAUCAUGUGGCCAGCAUGACUAAGCCGCUUCUGGCGAACCAGAGCAGCGUACGGAAACGCCGUUUUCCUUCCCGCUGGAGCGGUACCUAUUUAUCUACUUGCACUUUGACGUGCUUUUGAACUGCUAGGUUGGCAGGAGCAGGGACUGAGCAACGGGAGCUCACUCCGUCGUGGGGAUUCAAACCGCCGACCUUCGGAUCGGCAAGUCCUAGGCUCUGUGGUUUAACCUCAUCCCUUAUAGUGGGAUACAGAAAGCUAAUAAUAAUAAUAAUAAUAAUAAUAAUAAUAAUAAUAAUAAAUUUAUUAUUUAUACCCCACCCAUCUGGCUGAGUUUCCCCAGCCGCUCUGGGCGGUUUACAGCAUAUCUAAACACAUAAUAAAAACAUCAAGCAUUAAAAACCUCCCGAUACAGGGCUGUCUUCAGAUGUCUUCUAAAAGCUGUGUAAUUCUUUAUCUCCUUGACAUCUGAAGGGAGCGCGUUCCGCGAGGAGGGCGUCAAUACCUAGAAGGCUGUCCUCUGCCUGGUUGCUAAAGCAAUAGCUGUCACAAAAACACACGACAAAGCCAUUAACACAAAUUACUAACAGAUGUAAACAAUCCCUUCUCCUUCUGACACACCUUCCCACUCAAUUCUUUUCUGCUUUCUGGCUCUCGCCCAGAGCUCCACCUGGGCUGUUGCCCUGGGCUCAAACAAACUCCCCCCCCCAAAAAAAUGUCACAACAAAGAGGAUUCCUGGAACCUGCUGGCAACAUCCUAGACGUUUGCUCCAGGCUCGCUUUUAUAGGCAGGCAUGAAUCAGGAUUCACCAUACAGAACCAGUUCCAGGCCAUAUCAGCUUUGGUUGGAUGACUUUCCCAGGAGCUUCCAAAGGAUGACAAGUGGGACGCCUCUCCACUCACAGUUCUUUCUCUGCCCUCUGCCGCCCCCUACCCUGCUCUUCUUCCAGCUGCUUGAAGAACACAAACCCCAGUUUGUGGGAGGUGGAGGAGGAUGUAGCCAUUGGAUAUUCACUAAACAAACCACACGACUAAGGGCUCAUCCACAGUUGUCCUGUGCCUUGAAAGCAUGUGUCCAAAUGGUUUCCGCUCCUUUCCCAGGGAAAAAACCUGCUCUUUAGUGCUAAAUUGGAGCAAACGUCCAUCCAGAGAAAGCCCGGGUCGCUGUUUGCUCCGACUGAGCACUGAAGAGCGGCUUUCCCCAGGAGAAAGCAGCAGGGCAAGGAGAAGUAUGGAUAAGCUCUCUCUCUCUCUCUCUCUUCAAGCCUGAUAAGGUUGUUGACUUGGUUCCCGAUUCCAGCGAGACAAGCGCAGUAUUUAAAGAAUACGUCUGGACCGGGAGGCUGCAUUCUUCAGUCUUAAAACCAUUGGUUGCGGGGGAAAUUGCCAGCCACUGAGCAGAGGGUGAAAGGGAUUGUUGCAGGAAUGGGAACCGAAGAUCACCCAAUGAUUCCUUCUCCCCUCCAUGCUUUUCAUGCAGAUUUCCGAAGACGCUGGGCACUGGCCUGGCUGAUGGCUCUCCUGGGCUCCUGCUCUAUCCUGCUCGUGCUGCUGCUCAAGAAAGAAGCACUGAAAGGUACAAGGCAGACUUUCUGUGGCUCCCAAUGCGCUACCCACAACGGUUGCGUAUCGCUUUUGAUCUAUCUCCUGUAUUCCCCACAGUCAUCCCAGCUUCUGCUUCACCCGCUGUGAUAUUAUGAGCCUGCCUUACCUCUCCAACAGGGAUGGAUGAAUCUUUUAUCAGUUCCUCUCCAGCUCCUUGUUUUUCUAGUAUUAAUUCCCAUGCACCAUAUUUCCACAUCACAGAAAUUCACCAGCAUUGCCAUGUGCAUUUCUCCUACUGCACACAUAUUUGUAUGUGGUUUGGCCUAAAUAUGUGUGAUUGCAAGCCCUACUUGCCAGUGGGGUGUAGUGGUUAAGAGCGGUAGACUCGUAAUCUGGUGAACCGGGUUUGCUUCCCCGCUCCUCCACAUGCAGCUGCUGGGUGACCUUGGGCCAGUCACACUUCUCUGAAGUCUCUCAGCCCCACUCACCUCACAGAGUGUUUGUUGUGGGGGAGGAAGGGAAAGGAGAAUGUUAGCCGCUUUCAGAUUCCUUAAAUGUAAAGGGACCCCUGACCAUUAGGUCCAGUUGUGACCGACUCUGGGGUUGCGGCGCUCAUCUCGCUUUAUUGGCCGAGGGAGCCGGCAUACAGCUUCUGGGUCAUGUGGCCAGCAUGACUAAGCCGCUUCUGGUGAACCAGAGCAGCACACAGAAACGCCGUUUACCUUCCUGCUGGAGCGGUACCUAUUUAUCUACUUGCACUUUGACGUGCUUUCAAACUGCUAGGUUGGCAGGAGCAGGGACCGAGCAACGGGAGCUCACCCCGUUGCGGGGAUUCGAACCACCGACCUUCUGAUCAGCAAGUCCUAGGCUCUGUGGACUCCUUAGGGUAGUGAUAAAGUGGGAUAUCAAAUCCAAACUCUUAUUCUUCUCUGCUAGAAUGCACCACAAAAUUCAGAGAAGCGUGAGUUUUGAAGGAUAGCAAUCUUUUGGUUCUCAUGCGAAUGGAGCCAAAUUUCUUCCCCAUCCCUGAUUUCUCCAACCUUCUAAGGCUGUGCCUUCUUCAGCACUUCCCUGCUGCCUUGCGAUCAGCUGGGGGGAGAGCGCCCUCUUCUGACCCCUCCUGUAGCAUAGCAGUGUCAUUUACAGAAGAAAGCAUUCAAAAGUGUUACAACCUAAGGGUGGUCUUAUGCAUUCUUACAGAUUAAAAUGCUACCAGUUCAUGUAGCCCCUUCACUCUGUUCCUUUCUGUGGCGUGUCAUGACUCAGAGGUGUUUUCUUUUCAUGCAUGCCUGUCCUCUUGAUUGAAGAGCUCUCUCUGACAUCUCUUUCCCCCCACAGGAUGGCUCAGGAUCCUGAAAGAAGAUUACAGUUCUGGAGGUAGGACAACAAAGGGUCUCGUAGCAUGUAAAGACUAGCAAAUACAGUUUGGUGUCAGCUUUCAUGGAUUAGAGUCCACUUCGUCAGAUGCACAAAGUGUUAUUCUCAGCUGGUGUUAUCACACAUGGGUAGAGAAGGAAAGAAACGAUAGUUCAAAGUGGUGUUGAACAGCAAUUAAAUGCGAAAUACAACAAUUCACAUAGAGCAAAGUCAGCUCUUCACGAAAGCAGUGAUAAGUGGUUGUGCAAUUUGCUAAGUAAAUUAAUAUUUGUAGUGGGAACAGGAGAGCAUUGUCUCCACCCAAACAUCGAUAGGAUUCCAGGAAGGAGCAUGGUAGGGCCAGAGAGAGGAGAGUCCCGGGGGCCAUAGAUAAGAGUUCUGGAGGGCCGCAUUCUCCCAAUAGAAGAAGAGAGCGUUUGACGAUUGCUUGAGAGUUAGGAUGAGAAGUUUGGCCUUGGACAUACUGAGGUUUGGAAUGGCAAGGUGCACAAGUGGCUGGUCAUUAUCUACGGAACACCAAGCCGUGGACAAACGCCCUCUCUCUUUCUUCUCUGCCAGGAGCGCUUCGGGGACGGCACAUCCUCGUUCUCUACUCUCCCGACCACACUGGCUUUGAGCGCCUGGUGGGCACCCUGGCUGGCGCACUGGCCCGGCUGCAGCUGACUGUAUCCCUGGAGCUGUGGAGCCGCGGGGAGCUGAGAUCCCUGGGGCCCAUGCAGUGGCUCCAUGCUCAGCGGCACCGGGUCCUGCAAGAAGGCGGAGCCGUUGUGCUGCUUUUUUCCCAUGGCGCCAAAGCUGCUUGCUCGGAGUGGCUGGGUUGGGAGCAUCAAGACAGGCUGCCGGCCGCCAAGCCCGACAGCACUUUCUUGGCCUCCCUGAACUGCAUCCUGCCAGACUUCCUGGCUGGGAAAUCCAGGGACCGGUAUAUGGUUGCCUGCUUUGAGGAGCUCUUCCCUGCAGACCAGAUCCCUGCGCUUUUCCGUUCGGCGCCUGUCUACUCUCUGCCAUCGCAGCUCUUCAACUUCCUGCUAGCGCUGGCUGGCCCCGGUGUGGGCCAGGAGAAGAGGAACAGCCUCAGGAGACACGCGGUGUGGAUCAGCAAGAGUCUGGAGGAUGCGGUGCGGGACUGCCGGGAAAAGGAGCCGAGCUGGCGUUAUCCACCAUUGCUGCCUCCCCAGUCUGACGACACAUCAGCCAGCAUUCGCCCUUCUGUAGAGUCCUGAGAGGGAAAGCUUUCAGAAGUUGGCUGCGUUGGGGGCCCUGUGUGGUUCCAGGAAGUUAAGCGGAAUGCAUGGACAUGAAGGCUCCGUGUUGAUCCAUCACUGGCCAGCCUGCUCCCAGUAGCCGUGAUGGCACAGGAUAGCUGGACCAUGUGAACGGAUGUAUUUGGGCACAGCAGUGAAGUGGAUAGGUGUAUCCCUGUGGAGUGCAAGAUGUGUGUGUAUUAGCUUGUUUGGAAAGAUCCUGACAUUUUGCUACCAAGUGUGCAACUACUGAAUAUUUACCAUGCUUGCAAGAACGGAGGAAUCCCAUCUACACGGGCAGGGAGUAGUAUACGACCAAGUACCGUAUACGAAGGGCAACCAACAUGGGUGCCUAUUGCUUUCAUGCUCUGGUUAGGAACCCAUAGAGUAGGGGGAGCUGGGAGCCUCCAGAUGUUGUUAGACUCCCAUCUUCUCUGACCAUUGGCCAAUCUGGCUGGGGCUGAUGGAAGUCAAAGUCUAACAUUCCCCAUUCUUGCUUGAGAGGCAUCUGAUUGGCUGGUUGCUUCUGGAAACAGAAGAUUUUUUUAUCUUUAUUAUUUAUUAGAUUUGUGUAUCACCCUUCAUCCCAGGGCGGUUCACAACAGAGAAAUGCAAAAUGAGAAAACAAAACGCAGAUUUGGCUCCAAGCCCAAUCCAGCAUGACUUGUCCUUAAGAUUCCUAACUGGACUUAGUGGUGAGAUAGCUGCUGAGCUUCACUCAAUGCGAUGAGAAGGCUGAUUUUUUAAAGUGGGAAGGUCUUUUUUAGGGAACGGCAUCUAGAAAAACCCUAAGCUUUUCUCUAAUCCCUACCAGUAUGUGUUUUAUCUGAGCCAAGGAAUGGAACGCAAACAUGUUAAGGCAAGACUUUCCACUGUAGGUUCUCAGUUGUGGGAUAUCUAUUUAAACAAUAUUAUCUUUUUUUUGGGGGGGGGAAGUAUAUUUCAUUCUCUAGGGUAGCUUUCCUCAACCUGCUACCCUCCAGAUGUUGGAGUCCAACUCCCAUAAUCCCUGACCACUGGCCAUGCUGGCUGGAGCUGAUGGGAGUUGUAGCCCAUAUAACAUUACAUUUGCAAUUAUUUUUGAAAGGCAAUUGCAUCAAAAUACUGGACCACCUCUCUCCAUAUGAACCAAUCCAGCCCCGGCAAUUAUAAUCUGAGGCCCUUCUUUGGUCUGGAAGGUGGCAACACGAGAAGAGGCCUUUUCUGUGAUGGCUCCUUGUUUGUGGAAUGCUCUCCCCAGGGAGGUUUGCCUGGUGCCUUCACUACAUAUCUUUAGGCACCAGGCGAGAACAUUUCUCUAUAACCAGGCCUUGGGCUGAUUAACAAUCUAUGACUUUUUAAAUGUGUUGGUGAGAAGGUUUGCUUUUGUUUUAGUAUGUAUUUUGUGUUCUCAUUUGUAUUUUUCUGCUGUGAACCGCCCCAGGAUCUUUGGAUGAAAGGUGGCAUACAAAUUGAAAUUCAAAUACUACAAUAAUAGCCCCAAAAUAUAUAACAGGCACCAAGCUGGGGCUUUGUCCUUUAGGAAACAGACCAUGCUUGAACUGUGGGAUUGUUUUUGUGAUUGUUGUUGUUUUUUUUUGUUGUUGUUGUUUAAAAAAGCCACCUUGAUCUUCUGAAAAAUAGGUUGGAUAUCACUUUUUAAACUAAAUAAAUAAAUGCCCUAUCAUCCAUGUCUUCUUCCCCUUCUGGUCACACUUCUCUGAAGUCUCUCAGCCUCACUCACCUCACAGAGUGUUUGUUGUGGGGGAGGAAGAGAAAGGAGAAUGUUAGCCGCUCUGAGACUCCUUUGGGUAGUGAUAAAGCGGGAUAUCAAAUCCAAACUUCUCCUCCUCCUCCUCCUCCUCCUCCUCCUCCUCCUCUUCUUCUUCUUCUUCUUCUUUUAUCUUCCUCUGUUUCUUUUGAGCAGCUGCUGGCACAGUGAGCAAAUUAAUCACAAAGAAACAUGCUAUAUGUUGUAGUCAUAAUUGCAUACAAAUAUCUUUUUGACCUGCUUCCAAACUAGAGUGGAAGUAGCAGGCAGCUUCCGGGCUCAGGUUACUGGAAGGGCUACAGCAUGAAAACUGGAUCUUGCCAGUUCUUUUGGGGGGUGGCCGGCACUAUGGGACUCUUCUGGGCUCCCCCACUUCUGGCAUUGUUGAGUCGAUAAACUGGUGAUUUAAUAAUGCAGCUUCAGAGUUCUCUGUUCCCCAGAGCCCUGUCUAGCAUCCCAUCUGAACCUUGUCCAAUUUGCAUUGUUUCACACCCUGGUUAGGCCUUGCCUUGCUGCCCUGCAGAACACAACACCUGCUUGACAAGACAACAGGUCCACCUGGUUCAGUGUCCUCUUCCCCACAGUGGCUGACCGGGGGGUGCUUUCAGGUUGCAUAAUUAUAGUUUACUGGGUGGCACAACAAACUCACUUCCCUAAAAUAUCCAUCACCCUGUAACAAAGUGUUUUCCAGCACUGAAACUUAAAUUCUGGUUUCACAAGGAAACUCAUCUCCCCUCCAUCCUGCCCUGCCCUGUCUAUGUUUGCACAGUUGCAAGAUUUGGCAAUAUCACAAAGCACUGUGAAAUCCUUAUUGGCUGUACAGUGGUACCUCGGGUUAAGUACUUAAUUCAUUCCGGAGGUCCGUUCUUAAGCUGAAACUGUUCUUAACCUGAAGCACCACUUUAGCUAAUGGGGCCUCCUGCUGCCGCUGUGCCGCCGGAGCACAAUUUCUGUUCUCAUCCAAAGCAAAGUUCUUAACCCAAGGUACUAUUUCUGGGUUAGCGGAGUCUGUAACCUGAAGCGUAUGUAACCCGAGGUACCACUGUAUUUCUGGGUGAGCGGAGUCUGUAACCUGAAGCGUAUGUAACCUGAAGCAUAUGUAACCCGAGGUACCACUGUAUAUAAAAUAUUAUAGAAACACCUGUCAUUAAACGCAGCAAAUGUCUAUUGGGGAAUGUGUUUAGGGGAAUUCCCCAUUGUUCUUAGGGGCUCAAAAUACUAAGGCUGCAUACACUGUGCCUGUGCCCCCCAAAACCCAGGAACCUUAAUAUACCCCUCAUGGUGCUACAAUUCCCAGCACCUUUAAGCUACCCUUACCAGGAUUCUCUGGGGUGGGGAAAUAUGCUUUCAAUGUAUGGUGUGCACGAAGUCACGGGUUUUGUCAGAAAACUCGUCUCCCCGCACCUCCGCCACGGAUAUCCCGUCCGUCCGUUUGUCAGACAUUUCACGCCUGAGGUUAGACGGAGGAUGGGAUCUGGUCUCGCCCAGGACCGCCUGAGAUCUGCUUUGGAAAAACAACAACUGGGCCACGCUGCGCAGCAGCAGCACCUUCCCUUGCUUGUUGCUAUUCUGCUGCAGAGGCGCAGCGCUCAGCCGUUUGCAGCCCAGCCUCUCUCGCCCCUCCUCGAAGCCGCAUCCUGGGCCCGAGCUGCGCCUUUACGCGCCCUGACAGGUGCUGCUCCGCGGGGCGGCGGGGACGGAGCUCGCCGAUUGGCAACUCGCGAGGAGAUCGGGAUGAUGUAACCGCACAUGUCCCGAUGCCAUUGGCGGAGAGGCGGUCCCGGCCAGCUGACCGAGGUCCAUUGGGCAGGCGGAGGGGUACUUCCCCGCUCCUAGCCUCGCUUGCUGCAAGCAGCCCCGUGCGCAAAAGUGGGCGCUGCUCCCCGCCGGCCUCGCCCCUGCCGGCCCGCGCAGGCUCUCCGGAAGGGCGAGCGGGGGCGAGGGAAGGUAGGUAGGUGCCCCGGACGCGGGUGGGGGAAGAUCGGAACAAACAGGUCCUUCCCCCCGCGGGGAGUGGAGAAUGGGUGGGCAUCGCGCGCUUCCCCCACCCUCCGGUCCGUCUGCAGCCUCUCCUCUUCGCCAUAGGGCGCACCGUCGCCUCCAGGAGAGGUCAGAGCCACCGUCUCUCUCUCUCUCUCCAAGGCCUUCGUGGGUGGGUCCGGGCCACAGGCCUAGCCAGGGUCCCAUGCUGCUCCCUCCAUAAAUCGCGAUCCCCGGUUAGAUGCGGCCGGUGCUUGUUUUUGCAAAUAAAUCCCAUUUAUUGCGGACUUGCUCCCCAGCAAGCGCGCGACGGAUUGCCCUGGGUGCAGAAGCGCCGCACGCGAUGAACGGCAGGAUUUUGCUAAAUUCAAACCAGGCGUUGGGCAGUCAGGAUGGCGGAAAUCGGGUGCCAGGGGUGCCAACUUGGAAAAAUAAAUAAAUUGUGGGGGGCCAAGUAAGCCCCGACCAUCAUAAUCGAUCACAUGACACAGUACACAGACACCCACCCAUCCACCAUUUGAAUGGGAAUGCCCACCAACUUUGUGGGGGGCCCGGCCCCUAGGAGUUGGCUCCUAUGUCGGCUGAGUGGCUGCUCUAACUCGCCUCAAUAAACGGCGAAGCCUAGCGGGUUAUGGUUUUCAUUCUGCAUAAAUUAAUCCCAAAUAAUGGUUGUGCAGUGUGAGGAUUAGCGCAAGAUGCAAGAUUGAGUUCACUCUUAAUAGGUGGCGCCACCCAGGAUCUAUGGGUCUCCAGACGGGGGCUGGUUUCUCCAUCAAAUGUGGUCUGGGCACUCCUGGGUUUUCCCUUCUGUUCUAUAGCAAUGUGAUGCCCUCCAGUUGCGGCUAGACUACAUCUCCCAUCAUCCUUCACCAUUAGCCAUGCCAGCCUAUUUGUUUGUUGUAUACCCCAGGAGGUAGGUUAGGUUGAGAGUGAGUGACUGGCCCAAGGUCACCCAGUGAGCUUCAUGGCCAAGUGGAGAUUUGAAUCCUGGUCUCCCAGGUCCUAGUCUUAACCAGGACACCUCUCUGACUCAUGGGAACUGUAGUCCCAACAGCAUACAGAGGGCACCACGUUGAUUACCCCUGCUCUAUAGAUAGGAAGUUGAUGGGCAGAGGCUCAAAGGCUUCUGUAUGUGGGUGUGAUUUAAAACGCCAUGUGAAUUGGUUCUUUUAUUUCAGGCUUCCUCAAACUUGGCUCUCCAGAUGUUUUGAGACUACAAUUCCCAUCAUCCCUGACCACUGGUCCUGCUAGGGAUCAUGGGGAGUUGUAGGCCAAAAACAUCUGGAGGGCCGAGUUUUGUAUGCUAAUAAAUGUAUAGUUAUGCAGAACUACCUGCCCUGGGACCUUAGGGUGGGUAAAUAAUAAUAAUAAUAAUAAUAAUAAUAAUAAAUUUCUGUCUUCCCUAAGAGGGCUUGAGAUGAUGCACAUGUAGCAAGGGAUAACAAAACUCCUGAUCUAGCUCCCGCCGCAGGAAUGCUCAGAUUCCCAAAAAACAGGGUUGAAGCACAAUCCACAGAUUUGCUCCUUGUUAUUAGCCUGGAAUUCAAAUGAUGCUUGGGGAGAAGCAGUUCACAGUGGCCUGUUGCCCAGGAUUUAUUUCAUUUAGAAAAUCUUUACUAUUGAUCACCAUCUGAGGCUCCUUUUCAUGUGCCUGGAGGGUGGCAACACGAGAACAGGCCUUUUCAGUGGUGGCUCCCUGAUUGCAGAAUGGUCUCCCCAGCGUGGUUCUGGCACCUUCAUUACAUAGCGCCAGCUGCCAGGUAAAAAAAAAUUCAUUUUUUGCCAGGCUCUUAAUCUUAUCUGUGGCCACCUAAAAUAGGAUUGUCUUUUUUAUUUUUCUCCCAUUUUCCCUUUUAUGCCAGUUUCAAUGUAUGUAAUUGUUUGAUUAUUUAUUGUGAGUCGCUUUGAGUUACAGUGGUGCCUCGCAAGACGAAAUUAAUCCGUUCCGCAAGAGUCUUCGUCUAGCGGUUUUUUCGUCUUGCGAAGCAAGCCCAUUGACGGAUUAGCGCUAUUAGCGCUAUCAGCUGUUUAGCGGCUAUUAAAGGCUUUAAGGCUUGGGGAUUAGCUGCUAAAAGGCUAUUAAACGCUAUUAAAGGCUUAGCAGAUUAGAUAAAGGGGGAAAAGCGAAAAAAAUCUCAGGACUCGCAAGGUAUUUUCGUCUUGCGAAGCAAGCCCAUAGGGGAAUUCGUCCUGCGAAGCAACUUCAAAACGGAAAACCCUUUCGUCUAGCGGUUUUUCCGUCUUGCGAGGCAUUCGUCUUGCGGGGCACCACUGUACCUUGGUUUUAAAAAAGGGACCAAUAAAUUUAAUAAAUAAAAAUAAAUGUAGAUCGGACCAUUUGUUCCUCUAAGAGCAUCAGGUUCUGUACCCUGAAACUCCCUGAGGUAAAAAUGUUCAGCCCCCUGGCCAGAGUAAGGCUCUUGAAAGCAGAUAAAAUGUUAUUUCGUGAUUUCAAGCCUACAUAUGUUUUGGAUUCCAACUUCCACCAGUCCAGGCUUCAUGGCCAGCUGUCAGGGUAGAUGAGAUUUGGAGUCCAAGCGCACGUGGAGAGCAUCAUAUUGGGAAAGGCCUAACCCUGAUUCUUCUCUCCUGCCCAGAGCAAUUUAACAAUGAAGGACCAUUGUCCUCCAUAUGCACCACAAGUGCACCUGGGCCCACUAUUUUGUAUCUCGUUCCAAUUCAUAGAAAUCAUAGAAUUGUAGAGUUGGGACCCUAAGCACCAUCUAGUCCAACCCCUUGCAGUGCAGGGAAAUGCAGCUGUCCUAUUCGAACCUGCAACCUUCGCAUUUUCAGCACCAUGCUUUAACCAACUGUUGACAUCGUAAGGGCUGUAAUGAAUGAAGUUAGCAGUGCCCAUUAACUUCAGUGGCUGUAUUCCGAGUUGGCAUAGCAUGGAAUGCCAUAAUUCCAGGCGGCGGGGAGUAGAUCCCGCAAGCCUGUAGCUUGCCAAUUUUAUGUAUCCUGAGCUCUAGGCUGGGAUCUACCAGUGCUGCAGAGGGAGAUAAUCACAUCCUCCUCCUCCUGGCUUUAUUUAGCGGUGAGAACACUUUGACAGCUACGAGGACCUGUUUCAGGCCUUUAUUUUUAGGCAGAGAUUCCUUCGCUCGCAUCCUGGAAACGGCUUCGGAAGCUGGCGUCAGGCCCCGGGAUCUGAAUUUGCAAUAUCCGGUGCUGGCUGGGGGCCUGCUCUCUUCUGCAACAGCUAGCCUGGAGAGGCACUUUUUCCUCACUACACAACAUGCCUGCUCAGCUUGCGAGAUGGCAAGAUGGCAGCCACGUACGGUGGUCUUCCUGGUGCUUGACAGCCCCUCUUCUCCCCUCCCAGCCCCCAAUUGUGAAGGCCUCUCAGACAGGUGGCAAAGACAGGUUUCUGUAACUAGCGGACCGCGCUGGCUGCUACAGAGAAAGGCCUAGCCAGGCAGCCCAGAUGCAUUGUGGGCCAUUCGGCAAGGUUUCUGAGUCGUAACUUAGUUUCUGGGUAGGCCUCAACCCAUAAAAUCCUAAGAGUUGGAGGGGAUCUAGUGGCUCGUCUUGUCCAGGCCCAAUGAAGAGGAUCCAAAGCUAGGGCACCCCAACCUCUAGCUGAAGGCUUCCAGGAAGCAAGAGCCAGCAAGCAAUCCAUCUAAUGGCAUGCACGCCAUUCAUUUAAAGCAGAUAACUUCAUGAGCGUAGCCAGGAUUAAUGGUGGGAGGGGAGGCUUUAUGUUGGGGGAGGUAGAACCUCAGUUAAGUAUUUUUAUGCAUGACUUUCCCCCUAGAGCCCUGGGAACUGUUUACCCCCCUCGUGGCACUACGGUUCCCAGCGCCCUUAAACUACAAUUCCCAGGAUUCUUGGGAGGAUAUCAGGUGCUUUAAAUGUAUGGUGCUUUUGCAGCCUGACUCCAUCGCUGAAGAAAAAGCAACGAGUGUUCAGUGUUACUAAUUCACUGCAGCGGAUAAAUAUUGAAAAAGAAAUUAAAAAAUCAGAAUAAUCACCUUCUAUCUCAGGAGGGUGUGUGUGUGGAGAUUUCACUGGCACUGCCGGUGCGAUUUGCAAGCUUUUCCAACAGGACCACCCACUUGAAGGCUCCUCCUCCUUUCUUCCAGCCUGGUCCCUGCCCUCCUGAAGAUGGCUUUGCCCUGGAAGAAGAUGGCGUCUGCUUGGCUCCCGCUUCUCUUGCUGCUCCUCGGGGUUCCAAGCGGGAGCCCUUCGCAGCAAGAGCCCUGCCAGACGUGCCGCGACCUGGCCAGCAACUUCAAUAAGGUGGGAGGCUUGAAAGAGCCUUUUGGCUUGGGCUGGGGUGUGUGACUGCUCUUGCACAAAGUAGGGACUUGCAAGCAUUUUGAGAUGGGAUGCCACACAGUCUCCAGCCUAGCCCCUGAGCUCCUGUCUCCAGGGAGGGCUAGGACUGGAGCAAGAGAAAGACAGACAGACAGAGAUAGGGGGUGGGGGGAUAAGCAGAGGGGCUUCGUGAGCCUGUGUUUUAAAAAUCGAGGAUGUGUGGGUUGCUGCAUGCAGGUUGUGGGGUGAAAGGGUUGCUGCGCUCAGGGUUGCUGGGGGAAGGGGAGGCAAAAAAAUUAGUUUUGGGAUUGCUGUGAGCCUUCUCCUGCCUUCUCAGGGUCUGGAGCGGACACAGCGAGAGAACUUCGGGGGCGGGAACACGGCCUGGGAAGAAGAGAAGCUUGCAAAAUAUGCAAACAGGUGACCUGAGGUCUGGGUUGGGCCAGGCCGUUGGUGAGAUGCUGCUGCCUUGAUGGGAGGGGUGGGGUGGGGAUGGCAAACCUUCACUAAUAAUCCUGAUCACGAAAGAGCUCAGAAAAAUCCGCACGGCCAAGAUGGCGCCGUUAAAUGUAGUCUGCGACCUCUGCUGCAGAAUUAAGGGGAGGACGAAAAGCUCCGGCUGAAGCUGGCGCUCUAGAUUGUUAAAAGCAAGUUACUAGCCCUCAGGAUUAAAGAAGGAAAUGUUGUCAGCCCUGACAAACAUCUUGCCUGUUUAUUCCACGAUAGCGCAGCUGUCGCCCACGAGCUCCCCAGGGUGGCUUGUCGGCCAUAUUGCCACCUCCUGACUUUACUCAGGGGGCAAAAGGGAACUCCUUAGGGACUGGCUGCUUGAGCAGAGUAAACGCAAGCUCUCCUGGUGGAGUUUUGAGAGGAAGAUAGGGCCAGCCGGGCUUUGCUGGUCGAAAGAGGGACAGAGGUUUACAAAUGGUUGAUUGGGCAGUAGACUGGUUAGCAGGGGAAGCAGAGAGGGCAGCCUUUGUAACGCUGGUGGAGGGACUGCUUUGGUUUUCCCAGCUGCCUUGAUGUUCACCCGGUCUCUUUCCCUCCUUUCAGUGAGACCCGCCUGCUGGAAGUCUUGGAGGGUGUGUGCGCCACAUCAGACUUUGCGUGCCACCAGCUGUUGGAGCAGGGAGAAGACCACGUGGAGCAUUGGUGGUUCCAUGAGUGAGUGGGAAAGAGCAAGAGUUUCCAUCAUGGAAUGUUUCCUUACACAUCCCAGGACCUGCGUCUGGUUCCAUGCUCAGUAUGUUUGUAGCUAUAGGCCAGGGAUGGGGAAUGUGUGGCCCUCCAGGUGUGGUUGAACUACAGCUCCCAUCAUCCCUCCCUGCUGUCUGGGCCUGAUGGGAGUUGGAGUCCAGCAACAACAGGAGGGCCACAGGUGUCUCUAUCCUUGCCUGAUAGAACAUCUCUUCUGAGGGGCCUUCCCUGCCUAAUUCUGACUGCUCCAUUCUCGGACGCAGUGAAAGAGCUGUCCAGGGCCUGUGGUAUAAAUAAGUCCCAGCAUGGGACCAGGGCAGUAACAGAGGCUCUCUUUUCCCCAGGCAGCGACAGCACCCUGACUUUUUCCAGUGGCUCUGCAUGGAUGCACUGAAACUCUGCUGCCCUCCCGGCACUUACGGCCCUGACUGCCACAGUAAGUGGUGCUGUGUGGAUUCCUGUGUUGUUGCGAUGAUGGGUGCUCAGUGUCAUGUACUUCAAACUCACUCUGAUACCACUUUUGCAGUCAUUUACAAUUAGUCUUUUCACAGCCCUGGGAACUGUAGUUUGGUUCACGUGCUGGCAUCACAGAGCUAUGACUCCCAGCACCCUUAACAAACUACAUUUCCUAGGAUUCUCCGUCAAGUGGUGUAACAGCGUUUUCAAUGUAUGGAGUAGAUAUGACCUCUGAGUUUAUAUGCUGGAUGCGUCAGUUCCCUGUUGGGGGUCAGUCAAAGACACUCGUUUGAGCUGUGGGAUAUUUUUUUGGCUGGUUUGCUGGGAGUGGCUUUCCAAAUUAGCCCUCCAUAGCCAAAGAGGACUUGUCCUGAGGUACUUUAUUGUGAAAGACUGAUGGAUGGUAAAGGGGGGGAGUCUUGUUUUUCCUAAAAAGCUAGGUCAGUGGUGGCGAACCUAUGGCAACGCGUGCCAGAGAAUGCACUCAGUGUUAGGAGCUCACCCUCGAGUAGGACCCUGGUAGAGACACAUGUCCGACUGGCAUGUUCUCUCCCUCUUGGUCGUUCGUUCGGGAGCUUCAAAAGCUUUCUUCAGCCCGAACAUCACAGCGACCGAUGCCAACAGAUAUCGGCACACUUAGGGAUCCGCAGAGUCUUCGCAGCCUGCGUGACAGACCUCAGCAACUCAGCAUUUUGGCUAAUCUACUUUAUUUACAUACAAACACACACGGAGCACUGCAACAUGGCUUCCUCUCUCUCUAGCAUCAGACAGCAAAGACAAAAAACAAAGGACAACAUUCCCACUUCACGGAACACAGUAACACAAACAUCCUGUCUCCGUCACUUCCCACUUUGUGGAGUCAAAACAUAUACCAUCAUGUGAUAGACAACAAUCCCAUGACCACAAUCGCGGAGCAGGAAUUCUAACACUCAGAACCCUCUCUGUGGGCACAUGCCGUCGCCCCAGCAGGGCCAUAGCUUCUGUGCUGGGGGUGGGGGUGGGAGAGGAGGAGGAGGAGGGCUUGCGCACAUCCAAAGCCUGCAGCCCUGGUACCGUAGUGAGCAGACCUGCUCCACUUCUCAGAGAUUCCCCCUCCACUCCUGCUUGCAGGCAAGUAGGAGUGGGAUCGGGCUGCUCCACUAGGCAGCAUUGCUGCUUGCACGGGAACAGGAGCUGGAUCAGGGCUGCUCAGCUGGGGAGGUGCAGGCUCUAUCACACUUUCUGUUGAGGGGUUCAUGGCUGCAGUCCCCUCAAGGGAGAAGUUUAAAGGAGCCCCCACCUCCUCAUCAGAUCCCCUGCAACCCCGUGAAGGCAGCCAGGCUGAAUAGGUGCUGGGGUUGGGGAAGGUGGAAGCAGCCUGGAAGCUGCAUCUGAGAGUCCCUGCACCACCUGAAGGCAGCCAGGCGCUCCAUGCCUGCUUGCACGCAAGUAGGAGCAGGAUCGGGCAGCUCAGCUGAGUUAUGCCAUAAAAUUAUAUAUCAAUGGAAAUAUAAUUUAAUGAAGAAUGUAGUGCAACAACUUUUUUGAAGGAUUAUUUAUUACAACAGAAGAAGAAACGUGGAACACACAGGAAAAAUGAAAUAUACAGGUUAAAUUGCCGUCUUGGCACUUUGCGAUAAAUAAGUGGGUUUUGGGGGUUGCAGUUUGGGCACUCUGUCUCUAAAAGGUUCGCCAUCUUUGAACUAGGUGCAUUUAGGAUUAUCAGCCCCCCGGAAAGUGUGGCUGGUUGAUGGAAUCCAGCGAUUGUUAAUCAUGUUGUCCACGUCUUGGGACUGAGGGAUAGCUCUGUUGGUAGAGCACGAGACUCUUAAUCUCAGGGCUGUAGGUUCAAGCCCCACAUUGGGUAAGAGAUUCCUGCACCGUAGGGGAUUGUACUAGGUGACCCUCAUGGUCCCUUCUGACUCUAGAGUUCCAAGAUUCUAAGGGAAGUUGGCCAAAUUGAAGUGGUGGAGUAUGUGGGCAGCUGGGGUCUUUGAACAGAGACAGAUACAGAAUUGUUACCGUUCCAGAGUAAAUGCGUAUGGAAUGGGGUCAUGUGUUGAAUCAGGCAGUCUGCGCAUUGCCAUUUAAGGUCUGCUGAACCCCAGCAUUUACUCACAUCUCUCCACAGCCUGCCCUGGGGGUGCCCAGAAGCCUUGCAGCGGGUAUGGGCAGUGUGACGGUGAUGGCACACGCAGGGGCACCGGCCUGUGCAUGUGCCAGACGGGUUACGGUGGCCCCUUCUGUUCCGAAUGUGGAGAUGGCUACUACGAAGCUUCUCGCAACGACAGCCACCUGGUAUGUGCGGGUAUGUAGAGGGCCCAUGCUUUGCUAGACUGGGGGCAGGGUCUGGAGAUGUAAGCUCUGCUGCCUGUGCUGGCUAGUGCUGGUUAGUGACUUCCCUUCCUGCCACCCCCUUCCUUUCUUGUUUCCCUUGAAUACUCACAACCACACUGUUCCUGAGCUUCCCCCUCUCUGUGGUGGAAUGGGGUUCCGAAAAUCUCCACAAUAUUCCGUUAAAUAAAACGCACAAACCUCAUUGUAGCCAUCUAUCAGGGACGGGGGUGGUGCUGUGGGUUAAACCACAGAGCCUAGGACUUGCCAAUCAGAAGGUCUGCGGUUCGAAUCCCCGCGACGGGGUGAGCUCCCGCUGCUCAGUCCCUGCUCCUGCCAACCUAGCAGUUUGAAAGCACGUCAGAGUGCAAGUAGAUAAAUAGGUACCGCUCCGGUGGGAAGGUAAACGGCGUUUCCGUGUGCUGCUCUGGUUCGCCAGAAGCGGCUUAGUCACGCUGGCCACAUGACCAGCUCCCUCGGCCAAUAAAGCGAGAUGAGCGCCGCAACCCCAGAGUCGGUCACUACUGGACCUAAUGGUCAGGGGUCCCUUUACCUUUUUUAUCCAUCUAUCUCUUAUAUAAGCUGGUGUACCCAUUCCCCUGGCAUCCCUAGGCAUGCACUCAUACUCUAAAUAAGACAAUCUAAUCAUAUGUUGCACUAUAUCAUUAUUUAUUAAAUAUGUAUGACACCCUACAUCCGUAGAUCUCAGGGCUGUUCACAGCAUACAGCGUAAUAAUAGUUAUAUUUAUUGCUUAGCGUCACUCCUAGCACGUAUUACUAAAAGAAUGUUUAGGAACACAGGAGUCUGCUUCAUUCCAGGUCAGACUGUCUGUUUAUCUAGCCCAGGGAUAGCCAACGUGGCAUCCUCCAGAUGUUGCCGAACUACAACUCCCAUCAGCCUCAGCCAGCAACAAUCAGUAGUCAAGAAUGAUGGGAGUUGUAGUCCAACAUCUGGAGUCCUGUCUAAUCUGUCUGGCAGUGACUCUCCAGAGUUUGAGGCAGAGAGGGAUCUUUCCCCCAUUUGAUCUUUUUCGGUGAAUGAGCCAGAUGUUAAUCCUGAGCCCUCCUAGUUGCUCUGCCUCUGAGCCCUUGAGGUUGGGGCUGAACCCUUGUUACCACCCUACCACCUGGCCUCCUUGAGCCCUGUUUCUUAAAACUGGUUUUAAUCGUCUAAACACUGGCCCUGUCUGUAGGUACGGUCACCACAGCUGAUCACUCUUACCAAUGGAAUAUUUUCAACCUGGGCUGAAUUAAGCGAAACACAUAGCGAGCUGCCUUUAUACAAAGUCAGACCAAUGGACCAUGUGCCUCAGUAUUGUCUACACUGGCUGGCAGCUCUCUGAGGUUGCAGGUAGAGAACCAUGCCUGCGAUGGAAUCUGGGGCCUUCUGCAUCCUAGUUAGAUGGCUUUACCACUCAGCUACUGCCCUUGAAAGCGGAAGUGUCACAGACAUGAUUUUAUGUUCCUCACCACUGUAUCGGGUUGAGUGGUGCCUGUGUUUCCUGUUUACCUCCUCCUCUUCCUCCUUCCCUUAUCAUCUUAGGCCUGAGGGUGUUGAAAUGCUGCGUAGGCCCCCUAUGCUGGGGAGUAAUGUCUCCCUUCCUUACGCAUCCCUCCCUCCCUUCCGUAGUUCGUAUCAGUCCUUCGUAAGCUAUUACUCUAGCCUUGGCUUGGAAAGAUGGGGAGCUUUUUGCUCUUCCCCCCUACACACUAGGCUCUCUUCCCCUCUCUAGAGUGCUACCGGGCCUGCGGACGCUGUUCAGGCCCCGAAGAUUCAAGCUGCCUUCGCUGCAAGAGGGGCUGGAUGCUUCAUGACCGAAGGUGCAUUGGUGAGUUUGUGGGACUAGGCUGGAAAGAAUCCAUGGUUGCUUAGCAACCAGUGAAAAAGGAUUUGAGGUGCUGUGUAUUUUGGAUAUAGGUACAUUGCAGGGACGCGGGUGGCGCUGUGGGUUAAACCACAGAGCCUAGGACUUGCCGAUCGGAAGGUCGGCAGUUCGAAUCCCUGCGACGGGGUGAGCUCCCAUUGCUCGGUCCCUGCUCCUGCCAACCUAGCAGUUCAAAAGCACAUCAAACUGCAAGUAGAUAAAUAGGUACCACUCCAGCGGGAAGGUAAACAGCAUUUCCAAGCCAGUAAAGCAAGAUGAUCGCCGCAACUCCAGAGUCGGCCACGACUGGACCUAACGGUCAGGGGUCCCUUUACCUUUACCUUUACCUUGCAGGGUGGUGCUGAUUAUUGGGGGGGGGGCAAAGGAAGAUGAUUCCCACAUGGGGUUCUGCGUGACCCCUGGGUUGAUAGAUCUCUCUUUGUCCCACACAGACAUAGAUGAAUGUGGCACAGACAUGGCGCACUGCCGGGCCAACCAGUUUUGCGUCAACACCGAGGGGUCCUACGAGUGCCGAGGUAAGAGCCCCCGAGCCUUAAAAGUGUGCUGCCCUUAGGCAAGUGACUCGGCUCUGCAGAACAAUUUAUAGCACUGUACCCUGUCCCUCCACCGCAACCCCCUUCCUGGACAAAAUAAAAAAUACAUGCCAUGUUGGACCGAUCACUCUUUUGCUGGGGUGGAAGAGGAGGAGAAACAUAAGCAGCAAGGGCUUGAGAACAAAGCCCAUUUGGAAACCUUCAUUCGUCACAGGAGACAAUGUCAUCUUUCACCACAGAACUUUUAGCGUUCCUUGUCUGCAUCCAGUUUCCAGACCUGCCUCUUAAUCCUGCCUUUCCCUUUCUGUUCAGAUUGUGCCAAGGCCUGCAUUGGCUGCAUGGGUGCAGGGCCUUCCCGCUGCAAGAAAUGCAACAAGGGUUAUCGGCGCGAUGGUGUCAAGUGCCUUGGUAAGCGCUCUCAAGCAGUUAUCUCGCAGCUAACCCUUCCCUGCGUGACAAAGCUAGUAGACAAAGCUCUGCCUUUUGUUUGGCCUAUCAAUGAAGCAUCAUUUAAGGCUGCUGUUCUAUUCCUGCCAGUCAUCUGACUGUCCGUUGUUGCUGUAACUUUGGGAGCUUCUCUGUGCCUCUCCCCCCCCCCCCAAUUUUCUGUUUCCUUUCUGGAAUCUUGGGUCCCUUUUAUCGCUGUGCAUCUUUCAGCAAUCAGUUUCUUCGUACACUUAGGAACUCGCUGGCUAGUGAUGCCAGGCAGGCACCCGCUUAAAACAUUUCUGUUCAGGGAAGCAGAUCUAGACACAUGGAUGUGAAUGUGCUGUAAUCUUAUUUAUUUAUUUUGUUUUACUGUUAUUUAUUAUAUUUGUAUACUCGUAGAUGUCAGGGUGGUUCACUACAUAAAAUUACAAUAUAAAAAACACAAAAUACAGUGGUACCUCAGCUUACAUAUGCUUCAAGUUACAUACGCUUCAGGUUACAGACUCCGCUAACCCAGGAAUAGUGCUUCAGGUUAAGAACUUUGCUUCAGGAUGAAAACAGAAAUUGUGCUCCGGCGGCAUGGCAGCAGCAGGAGGCCCCAUUAGCUAAAGUGGUGCUUCAGGUUAAGAACAGUUUCAGGUUAAGUACUGACCUCCGGAACGAAUUAAGUACCACUGUACAUAAUAAAGGUACCACUGUACAUAAUAAAAAUAAAAGCAAAGAUGACCCAAUAAUCCCCCCCUUCCACAUUUAAAAGGGCAUUGAAUGUCAGUCAGCGAAAGACCUGGUUGUUUUUGUCUAAAUUAAUGACGGCGCCAGCCAAAUCUCCCUGGGGAGAGCAUUCCACAAAUGGGGAGCCUGCAGAAAAGGCCCAUUUACUCUUAAUUUUCUUUUACUCCUUUAAUUUUCAUUAUUUUAAAUGUAUUUAUUUUUAAUUGAUGAUUUUUAUUGUUUCUUGGGAAAGCACUGGAAGGUUUUGCUGCAGUCAAGCGAUAGAAUGCUCUCUGUCUGUAUAUAAGGUGGGAGGGUUGGGGCCUAGAAAGGUUAUUCCACCCUCUGUGGGGAAAUGGUUCCUAACCACCUAGUGUGACUCCCAUGCUCCCUUCUCCCAGAUGUGGAUGAAUGUGCUGGGGACAUGGAAGAACCCGUAUGCACAGGCGCCAACGAGGCCUGUGAGAACACGGACGGCAGCUACCGGUGUGUCUGCGCAGAGGGACAUGUUCGCAAGGAGGGGAUCUGUGUGGAAGACAAACCCCCAGGUAAACCUCAGCAGCAGCAGCAGCAUCGCUCUUUACAGCACAUGUUCUCUAGCUGGGGAAUUGGAGGAGGCAAUGAUGCCCUGUGGGGGUCAGUCUCUAGGGCUUGCCUUCUACCCCGGAAGCAGUUUUGUCGGCCAUUUUGUAGGUUGCUGCGAACCAGUGUUUGGUUUGUCCAGAAGAUGACUUUUGCCUAACAAACCAAGUCUCUCAUGAGUGGUCUGGCUCCACAGAAAAGUUAACGCUACCUAUCAGACAAGGCUUCCUUCUUACAGAGACAGGUACUCAAGAUACAGCAUUACAUGCAAAUAAAAACACUUUAAUACGAGUUUUCAGAACGAUGGCGAGAGUCUGCUUCACAAGUGAGGAGGGCCAGGCCAGCUGGUGCCAUCAGCUCCUGAAGUUUGCCUGAGGAUAUUUUUGUCGCAUUGCUUAUUCUAAUAUUUUAAAUCGCGCACUGCCUUUACAGAAAGGCGGCACAUAAUGACUGCAAUUAGUAAUAAAUAAACCGCCUGUUGUAGCAAAACCAUCGAAGAGGCCAGCACAUUUAUUAUGCCAUGAGUCAUAGGGCUGUGGCCAUGAAGACUUGCGACAUGAUAAAUUUGUUAGUUCUUUCAGUCUCUCUUAAAAGGUAAAAAUAAAGGGAUCCCAGACCAUUAGGUCCAGUCGUGACCGACUCUGGGGUUGCGGUGCUCAUCUCGCUUUAUUGGCCAAGAGAGCUGGCGUACAGCUUCCGGGUCAUGUGGCCAGCAUGACUAAGCCGCUUCUGGCGAACCAGAGCCGUGCACGGAAACGCUGUUUACCUUCCCGCCGGAGCGGUACCUAUUUAUCUACUUGCACUUUGACGUGCUUUUGAACUGCUAGGUUGGCAGGAGCAGGGACCAAGCAACAGGAGCUCACCCCAUCGCGGAGAUUCGAACCGCCGACUUUCUGAUUGGCAAGUCCUAGGCUCUGUGGUUUAACCCACAACGCCACCCGCGUCCCCUCAGUCUCUUUUGUUUCUAUUUAAUGCUAAGUGCGGAGGUAAAAUGCAAAAUCAGAACCAAGUUGUAGCUUUCAUUAAAACUUGGUGCAGCCACUAGGAGGCUCUAAGUGACAAAAGCUGUCGGUUUCCCUUUUCUUACGACUUGGUUCCUUCUCCCACAGAUGCUCCCGAGAAAGGAUUCUUUGACGACAUCACGGACGACGAGGUGGUUGUGCUGCAACAGAUGUUCUUCGGUGCCAUCAUCUGCGCGCUGGCCACCCUAGCUGCGAAAGGAGACAUGGUCUUCACCGCCAUUUUCAUUGGUGCCGUGGCCGCUAUGGCCGGCUACUGGCUGUCUGAGCGCAGUGACCGCGUGCUGGACGGCUUUAUCAAAGGCAGAUAG